CUCGCUAUGCCUACCCACAAGAAGCAGAAGCAGUGGUGGUGGUGGUGGUGGCAGCCCCUGGGAAGGUAAGCACAGCAGUUGGGGAUGGGGUGGGGGGAGGACUACGUGCCCCCCUCGCCUCUUCUUCCAGCUCCCCCCCCAGUGCCGCUUCUCCAGCCCGCCACAAGGUCUGAGGGACAGUGGACCGGCCCACGACUAAAAAAUUUUGCCGACCCCUGACUUAGUGUCUCAUAAAUCACAUGCAGAGUUGCAGGGCCUUUUUUCAGCCGGAACUCACUGGAACUCAGUUCCGGCACAUCUCACAUGGGUGCCAUGGCCGUUAUAAGAGAAUAAGGGAGGCGUUCAUGGCGAGUUGUGGCACCUCUUUUUCCAGAAAAAUAGCACUGCAGAGUUGUUUCAUGGUCACCACAGAGGACCCACCAAUUAUUUAGAAGGUUCAAAGAAAAUAUAAUGCAGCGGGCAUUUGCCAGUUUCUGAGCCCACCAUCCCUGCCUCAUAAUGUUACAGCUCUACAGAAUCUCUUAGAGCAGAUAGCAAUCAACUCUAUAGGAUUUUGCCAACCAGACAGGGCCCUUUUAACGGGAGCACUGAGUACGGUUGUCACAGGUCUUUUACACCGAAGGCCUCAAAUAUGAAGAGCCCACAGCUUUGUUGCUAACUCUCAGAAACACGAGACACAGAGGAAUGUCCAGGUUCCCUCAGUGCUUCUCUCAGCAGCUGGGCUUAGCCUCUGCUUCCCCUCACAAAGAUCAUCCGCCCCACCUGUCCUGUAAGGAGGAACAGCAGGACCAGACGCUCUGAGGCAAUGGUAUCAACAGCACCCUUGUGAGACCUACCUGCCAUGAUGGCAGCGGAUGAUUACAGCUAGCCCCCAAAGGCCAAGGCCUCACACUGUAAAACCAGCAACUUAUCGGCUGCAUUUACAGCCAUUUCCAGGACAUCUGGGUCACUAGGGUAUUCUUGAAAGGCUGCCAAGACCUGCUUUUUGAACUGUGAGCUGCUCAUUUCCAUCCAAGCUGGUCAUUGAAAAAUCAAGUUUGAUGCCUGAGCUUUCCUCUACUUUCCCUGUUCCUUUUCCUGUUGUGUCAUCUCAGAUUUUAAGUCCAAGGGCAGAUUGUGUGUGUGUGUGUGUAAAAAGUUUUCCCAGCUGACAAUAGGUAUAAGAUGCUUUGAAUGAACAACCCUUCCCUGGAUUCAAGUAACUUGAGCCCCAUAAAACCAAAUGGGGAAAAUCACGAAACAAGCUCCAUAAUAGGUGCUUUUGGCACCACAAGAUGAGCGACAAGAAGAAGUGAUGGCAGGCAGUAGGAAGAGCAAAAGCCCAGUCCAACCAUGUAGUCAGACUUGGCUGCAUACCCCACGAGGCUCUCUGUACCCCUCAGUGCCAGGCUCCUGACUGACCAGCAGAUACAGAAAAAAGAAGAGUGGGAACAGUUCAAAAUGGACACAGCCAACAAAGAGACCAACAGAUGGGCUAAGAGGAGAUACAAAGAUAGUAAAUGAAUGGCGGUGCCGGUGCCUCUGUGGAACCAAGGUAGGAAAUGGAGGUAGGGAGAAAAAUGGAGGCCCCAGAGGUGUAAUCCUGAGAGGGAAAGUGUGUAUGUGCGUAUGUAGCAUUACUUUUAUUUAGAGAUGAAUUGGGGGAAUUAAUUGGCUUGUAAUUUUUAUUUAGAGAUGAAUUGGGGGGAAUUAAUUGUCUUGUCUUCGGUAAAAUAGGUGUGUUUGAGCAGCAAAUGGGGUUCAAAUGAGUGGCCUUGUGUUUGGAGGUUCAUAUACCACAUCUCUUGCCUUUGAUCAAGGUUCUUGGGCAAUAUAUUUAUUGCUUAGCCUCACCAGUUUGCAUUUUGUAUAAUGGAUGCUUUGCUGCAAUAUUAAAUACUGUGAUUGUUCGCCACUCCCCCCCCCCCCCCGAGACAGCCAUUUUGUGACUGGCUGGGUCUCCACCAUGGCAGCCAUUUUGUGACAGCUACCACCCAGCAUUUUCUCAAAAUGGGCCCCUGCAAAAUCCCGUCUGUAAUAUUGAUGUAGUUUUUAAUUAUUUUAAAGGCAUGUAUACAAUAGAACUACCUUCUCAGCCUGUGAGUACGUAACACUCUCUGCUCAUGUGUGACGUUAAGAGAGAUGGUUGUCUAAUGCUUUCUAUAUAAAAAUACCCAUUCUAAAUUGACUUAUUUCAGAUAAAAUAUGUUUAACAUAGGAUAUGGGAACCCUAAGACAAGUGAAUUAAAAUUUGUUUGUAUUUGACUUUUUAGAGACAUAACAUCUUUAUACUGCUUCUGACAUCAAUAUAUAUGGACUAAAUGAGCAUUUUCCUCGCUCCCAUCCUUCAGUUAUGCAAAUAUUUUUUUAAAUGACAUUGACAUGUGGUACGGUAGGCGGUGGUCAAAUGCCUCAGGCCUUAAAAAUGCACUUAGAGUAGAAAAGUCAAACGUUUGUAUAUAUUCCUCCUUAGUCUUGCACUUUAGUAAUAACCAAGUCAAACUAUUUGACUGUGCUCAGAACACGUUAGUCCCUUUUUAGAGGGGCUUUCCACAAACACCAAAUGAGUGAAAUGACGAAUCCAUUUCUAAAAUAGGACAUGAAAGCUUGGGUAAACCGGUUUUUGUCAGUGAUGUACUAAGCAGGCCUCUUUUGCAACCUAUAAAUCAGGAAAUUGUCUUUAAAAAUGCCUUGAAGCCAUCAAUACGUUCCAACUUCCUUUAUUUGCACAUAUUUGCAUUUGAGCUUAUGUUACGGUUAAUCAUUUCAAAAGGUGUAUUAUUACACUUUCCCUGUAAGCUAUUUUUAUAAAGAAGGUUGAGGAUUUAAUGCAUGCAUUUGAAUCCUGGUGUGUUUUAAUAAACCACAAGGCAUUACAUAUAUUUUGCUAAACUCAUUAUAUUGAUAACAGUGCUUGGUGACAAUGAGAAACACAAAAGGAAAGUCUGUUCAGUAAACUGCUGAAUUUAGGCUAUACAGUGGUACCUCGGGUUACAUACACUUCAGGUUACAGACUCCGCUAACCCAGAAAUAUUACCUCGGGUUAAGAACUUUGCUUCAGGAUGAGAACAGAAAUUGUGCUCCGGUGGCACGGCGGCAGCGGAGGCUCCAUUAGCUAAAGUGGUGGUUCAGGUUAAGAACAGUUUUAGGUUAAGAACGGACCUCCGGAACGAAUUAAGUACUUAACCCGAGGUACCACUGUACGUCUAUUUACACAUUUUCAGGGGUAAGCCCACUGAACACAGCAGAAAAUACAUUUGAGUAAAAAUAUUCAGAUAUAGCAAGUUAUGAAGGACUUAACACUUUUCCUUUUUCAAAAUUGUUUUGUUUUCUUCUGGUUUAUUGGCAUACAUAGCCCAUGCAUCUGCAUAAAGGGAAAGAGGUAGAGGUGAUCUAUCAUUAUCAUUAUCAUUAUCAUUAUUAAUUUAUUUAUGCUCUGACAUUUUCCUUGAUGGGGCUCAAGUCUACAGAUAAAAACAGGAAUCACUAAAAACACAGAAAAUAAAUCUUAGGAUAAUUUUCUGGUCGUAUUGAACAUUUUCUGGUGUCAUAAAGAAUUAUCUAAUUUAGCACAUUUAAUUUUACCUGUUAAUUAAUUAAUUAAUUAAUUAAUUAAUUCCACUUAUGAAUAAUGUCCCAUAAAGUAUCUCAAAGUUAUUUCACAAUAAAACCAUCAGCAAUAAAAUAAAUACACCAUUUCAUUUAUAAGAACAAUUAAAACCACUUUCAUUAUGUAAAAACCUUUUCAGGUCUAGUGCAGAUAAAGACUAGGGUAAAGAUCUCAAUUGAAAAGCUUAUUUUUGAAGAAAGGUCUUCAAUUAGGUCUUGAAAGAACAACAAAGAUGGUGCCUGUCUGAUAUGUACUGGGAAGGAAUUUGAAGUAGGAAUUAGGUGCCACCAUGCCAAAGGCUCAGUUCCUAAGUACAGCAUGGAUGUCCUGAUGAGGCAGUAUCUGAAGGAGGCCCUCUACUUCACAGCAUAGUGGUUGGUUUGGUAGAAUAAACCUAAACACAUGGAAACUGCCAAGCUUGCCAUUAUAUUUGCAUUUGGCAUCCAUUCAUUGUUACUUAUGAACUUAGGAAACAGACUUUUUUUCCCCUGUGGAAAAAAUAAAGCACUGGAAAAAUGUCCACCCCACCUCACUGGCCUCCUCCCACCAUGCUUUUAUGAAGCCAUAAUGCCUUUCAGCAGACAGAAGGGCUGGAUUAAUGCUGGUAACUCCAAUAUUGUUUCCAGUUCCUGGUUUGCUUCCACCACCUGCUUCAGUAUACAACAACUAUGGGCUGACGCCCCUUCUAACUUCACUCACCAACUGCCACACACCACCUCUUAUUCCUCUGAAAGGCCCUUGCUCCUUGCCGAAGUCCCCCUCCCCUCCCCUGAGUCCCUCCCCCUCAAUAAUAAAUAAUAAUAAUUUAUUAUGUAUACCCCGCCCAUUUGGCUGGGUUUCCCCAGCCACUCCGGGCGGCUUCCAAGAAAACACUAAAAUACAAUAACCUAUUAAACAUUAAAAGCUUCCCUAAACAGGGCUGCCUUCAGAUGUCUUCUAAAAGUUUGGUAGUUAUUUUUCUCUUUGACAUCUGGUGGGAGGGCGUUCCACAGGGCGGGAGCCACUACUGAGAAGGCCCUCUGCCUGGUUCCCUGUAACUUUGCUACUUGCACUGAGGGAACUGCCAGAAGGCCCUCAGUGUUGGACCUCAGUGUCCGGGCAGAACAAUGGAGGUGGAGACGCUCCUUCAGGUAUACCGGGCCGAGGCCGUUUAGGGCUUUAAAGAUCAGCACCAACACUUUGAAUUGUGCUCAGAAACGUACUGGGAGCCAGUGUAGGUCUUUCAAGACCGGUGUUAUAUGGUCUCGGCAGCCGCUCCCAGUCACCAGUCUAGCUGCCGCAUUCUGGAUUAGUUGUAGUUUCCGGGUCACCUUCAAAGGUAGCCCCACAUAGAGAGCAUUGCAGUAGUCCAAGUGAGAGAUAACUAGAGCAUGCACCACUCUGGUGAUCUCCAUAGCUCAUCUACACUAUUGUUGAACCCACGGCACCACCAGAAGCCCACCUUACUCAUCAGCUAUGCCCCUGUCUGUGCUGCUGUGCACAAGUGGGCCAGCCUCUCUCUCAACCCACCCACCAUGACAACCGCAGUGGCUUCUUGGCUUCUUCAACACCCUCCACCAGAACCCAACCUGCUCACCCACUCUGCCACUUCACCACCUCUCUUGUUCAUCUGCUCUGCCCCCGCCACCCUUCUUGCUUGCCCUACUGGCACAAGCCCCAGUUGCUCACCCCACUGUCCCACUUGCUCAACCUACAUGCCUGUCUGAUGCUUCACUCAACCUGGACCAUGCACAGUCCAUCGUCAGCAUAACAGUGGACUAGUGCAAAUAUAUUAUAGAGCAAAAUAUUGCAGAGGUACUGUAGUAUCAUUUCAUGCCCCUGAAGACUGCUGGGUACUGGGGCCAUACCAGAACUGUUGGAGGUCAGAGGCAAUUGUAUUUCAUCCUGCAGGGAGCUUUACUGCUACUGAAGGCAAAUGAGCAUAAUGGUCACAAAUCCAAUACAUUCAGGAUUUGCACUGUCCAUAAGAAAACCAGUUGCAGCAGACUUAAUUUAUAUUUACAAUAACUUAUAAUAAGUCUAAACCUUAACACUAAGCAUACUUACAGAACAAGAACAAGGUAUAAAUGGGACAUCAGCAUAAGCACAAAAAGUAACAAAGUAAAUAAAUAAUGCCCUUAACAAUGCAUAAAUCACAGAUCACAAAGGCAUAAUUAUUCCAAGGGUGAAAAAUUGUGCCAGGGAACAUUUAUUUCCUAUGCACACCUGACACUUUAGUCACAUGCCCAAGUGACAUCAUCCUGGGCUACUUUGGCUUUGUCACAUGUGUUCAAACCCAUGCAAGGCAGGCAAACUGCAAAAUAAACUUUUGAGUGUCUGAAAGUAAAUUUGCCUGUUUUAAGUUAUUAAAAUUUAAGUAUUAAAAUUAAUCCCACAUCGAUUCAACUACAGUGGGAUCUUGGUUUACAAACUUAAUCCAUUCCGGAAGGCCGUUCUUAAACCGAAACCAUUCUUCAACCAAGGCAUGCUUUCUCUAAUGAGGCCUCCUGCCGCUGGUGCCCUUCCACCAUUCGGAUUCCGUUCUUAGAUCGACGUAAAGUUCACAAACUGGGACACUACUUCCAGUUUUGAGGAGUUUGUAAACCAAAUAGUUCAUAAACAGGGCUGUUUUUAAACCGAGGUACCACUGUAAUGGGGACGCGGGUGGCGCAGUGGGUUAAACCACAGAGCCUAGGACUUGCCGAUCAGAAGGUCGGCGGUUCGAAUCCUCGUGACGGGGUGAGCUCCCGUUGCUCGGUCCCUGCUCCUGCCCACCUAGCAGUUCGAAAGCAUGUCAAAGUGCAAGUAGAAAAUAGGUACCGCUCUGGCGGGAAGGUAAACGGCGUUUCCAUGUGCUGCUCUGGUUUGCCAGAAGCGGCUUAGUCAUGCUGGCCACAUGACCUGGAAGCUGUACGCCGGCUCCCUCGGCCAAUAAAGCGAGAUGAGCGCCGCAACCCCAGAGUCGGCCACGACUGGACCUAAUGGUCAGGGUACCUUUACCUUUACCUAAGGUUUGCCAUCACUGGGAACUAUGAAGCCAUGGGUGGCUAUAAAGUACUCUUCCCCAUCUGAUGCCCUCCGGGUGUUUUGGAUUUCAAGGCUGGAGUUGGUAGGAGUUGUGGUCCACCUAGAGGACAUCAGGCUGAGAAAGCCUGUUUUAGACUUCAGAAAUGAGCGCUGCAACCCCAGAGUCGGUCACGACUGGACCUAAUGGUCAGGGGUCCCUUUACCUUUACCUUUUUACCACUGUAAUAUGUGUAACAGUUUGCCUUUCUUAUGUAAUGACACAGACAGGAUAUUGACCAUUGUUCUCUCUAACUACAUUACAGAGAAGCUCUAAGUUACCCCCAGUUACAAUGCUUGCUGUUUCCUUUUGUGACUUCUUUGCAUUUUCCCCACCCCAUAUUUUGCAAUGCUCAAAAUGUAUCAUUUAUUAGAUAAGCAGGACAUUUAUAACAGCCUGGUUUGUUUUUAUAGGAUACACAUCUGUAGUAUGCUUAGCACAGCCUUCCUGUUCUCUCCCGCUUAUUGUUGCUGUAAGUUUGGUAUUAUAAAACAUUUGACAGCAAAAGAUUAUACAAGAGGGAAAUUUAUAUUGGAAUUCACUUCAGUUGGCUUGAUACAUAUUAAUCACAAAUUGUAGCAGCUUGUAGCCUUUGAAUACACCACACUUUACUCUGUUUUCAAAUGAAUGCCUCUCACAUGUGGUAAUAAGGUUAGCUUGACAUUUCCUCAUCCAGGAAGGUGACUGCUGCCUGCAAGUGAUGUAGAAACCAUAAAGUAGAAGGGCACCAUUCUACAAAACCUUCAAAUGCAUAAUACAGAAGCUGAGCCGCAUGUUCACAGCCAGGUUCUCCCAACUACUGUUGGAGGCAGCAUACCUCUGAAUAGUAGUUGCUGGGAGUCAAACAGGUAGAGAGAGUACUGUCACGCUUUGGUCCAGCUUGAAGGUUUCCCAUGGGCAUCUCAUUGGCCACUGUGACUAGAUGGGCCCUUGGCCUGAUCCAGCAGGGCUCUUCUUGCACUUAAAACACUGAGCAACUCAGAAUAUUUCAUUCAGGCAACCUCCAGCAAUAUUUUUUAUUAUUGGUAGGAGUGUUGGUUUUUUUAUUGACACCACCCCAUAUUGACAUUUGAUACCAAAUGGAUGAGUGGGCAGAAGAAUCUUGAAGGUUGCUAUUGGCUCUUGAAAACUACCACCAGCCUUCUUUUUUCAGGAGUGGAAGAAGCUGUACUAAGUGGCUAUUGACCUGCCUGAGGGAAGAAGUGGGGAGGGAAUGAGACUUGGCUUGAGGUCUUCUUGCAUUUUAACAAUAGCACUGAUUGAAAGGUGCUGCAUAGCAGCAGAAAGGCAAGAGAUGCUAUUACUGGAGACCUGUGCGCUUAGCACUUGUGACCUGUCCCAGAAAGAAAUUCAUAGAAUCAUAGAAUCAUAGAGUUGGAAGAGACCACAAGGGCCAUCGAGUCCAACCCCCUGCCAAGCAGGAAACACCAUCAGAGCACUCCUGACAUAUGGUUGUCAAGCCUCUGCUUAAAGACCUCCAAAGAAGGAGACUCCACCACGCUCCUUGGCAGCAAAUUCCACUGUCGAACAGCUCUUACUGUCAGGAACUUCUUCCUAAUGUUUAGGUGGAAUCUUCUUUCUUGUAGUUUGUUAUUCUACAUAUCCCAAUAUACUGAAUGGUCAAUACAUGAAAUUUAUUUUCAGAUGAGUAUGAAUACAUGCCUUACUAAUUUGCAUUAUUUGCAACUACAGCAAAGAUCUCAAUGUUUUUAUUUUUUGUUUUUUAAAUAAACUUGGUGGGCUGUAAAGGUGAUUUAUUAAUUGGAAUAAAGUAGAGAUGAACCUGCAGAAGUUAUUAUUAAGGAUUUAUUUUAGCUAUCCUCUGUACAUUAGAUGAAAAUUGGGAAGAUGUAUCUCAUAUAUUAUGCCUAUACAGCUGCUGUUAUUUAGUAUUGUAUGCAACAGCCUUUGGCUACAUCUACAAGCAGUACAUAUUUAUUCUAUCAUCAAAACCUGUGGGAGUGGAAAAAGACCUCUUCCGCUCCUGCAAGAAAGAGGAAGAACCUGAGCCACUAGGGUGAUGACUCCAUUUGUUAUUUUCUGAUACAGAAAUGAAUGGAACUUGUUCAGUUUUGUAGCAAGCUGUUUUCAGAGACAUAAUUGGAAUGGGGGGGGGGGGACUGCUUCCACUGCUGACAUUGGGGUUACUGGUGUCGGGUACCAGUUUUCUCCAAAAUGUAACACCGCAGCCUCAGCUUCCUGUUAAGUUAUUAAGUGGCUUCCAAGUAAAUGAGCUCAGACUGUGGCACAGCUGAGCCAGUAUUAGGCAAGUGGAUUUGGCCCCCUCAGAUGCAUUCCUAGAUGCAAGUCUUUUUCUUUUCCCUAGAUCUCAAAAAAGGGGGAAAUUGGGCUCCAUGGGCUUUAAAUGGUGGUGCAGUUCAGGUACAGUGGUACCUUGGAUUACAGAUGCUUCAGGUUACAUACGCUUCAGGUUACAGACCCGGCUAACCCAGAUAUAGUACCUCGGGUUAAGAACUUUGCUUCAGGAUGAGAACAGAAAUCACGCGGCGGUGCGGCAGCAGUGGGAGACCGCAUUAGCUAAAGUGGUACCUCAGGUUAAGAACAGUUUCAGGUUAAGAACAGACCUCCAGAACGAAUUAAGUUCUUAACCCGAGGUACCACUGUAAUGGGAAACCUGAUACUGUCUCAGUAUGUCUUGGGCAUUGUGUUAAUGGACACAAUGCAAAAUGGGGUUUUGCAGAAGGUUGUGUUGGCUUGAAAAGGCCAAGGUAGUCUGAGUCUACCCACUACUUUUCCAAGGUACCUGCUCUGUUUCUUCUAUUUUUUCCUCAUGCUAUUCUUCCUCACUGCUUAUGGUUACCAUCCAAGCUAGAGGUGUUCUGCAGCCUGCAGUCCUAGGAGUAGGUUUUGGACAUUCGAGAUUGGAGAUUCAAGAGUUGGUAACGUGCUAUGUUCAGCUGUUUGUUAUUAAAGGUUGUUUGAAGAAUUCAGAACAAACAUUUGUUUACACAUUUUCUUGAGAACAAUUCAUUUUUGCCAAACGUGGUUUUUCUGUCUCUUUAAUAUUUUUAAAUUUUUAAAUAAUUUUUUAAAAAAAAUAUUUAGCAGUAAGGUCCAUUGCAGCAAAUAACAUGCUGAUAUUUUUUGAAGUAAGCAUUUGGUAAGUUCACUCCUGCCAACAUAUUUUUUUAGUAAGAGCCUUAUUAUUUCAGCUUGAAGAAGAGUCUUUAGAGUUCAGUUUAAUUUUUGUGUGCUAUGAGCUGCAAAAUCUGAUCCAGCUAUAGCAUAUUUUCCAUAACUAGGAGAUUGCUAUUCUCUCUCCCCCAGCCCCAAGAAAUCUGCCAGCCACAGAUCUAGGGCCUACUCAAGAAAUCAAAGCAAAUUUAACUCCUGGACCUAGGAUCACUCUCACUCUGCGCCAGAUUGACUGAAAGAUCAGAGGUUAGAGAUUGAGAAUAGGCUUUAGCCUAUCUCUUGUGCUUGACCCUAACCCUUUAUUUCAGGGGUGGGAAACUGGAUUCAUCUGGUGGUCUGGAUUCUGACAUCCCCCAACCACUGCAGCCCACUUUGACAGGGGGGUGGAGCUUGCCUCCUGCCAAUCACCUGAUGUUUUCAAGUCAGGUAAAGUGCUUUUCUUUGCAGACCAGUUUGAUUAACAAAGAAAAGAGUUAUUUUGCCUGCAUGGUAUGAAAUCAAACCACAUGAGCAAAGUAAGUAGUGCUUGAUUUCAUACUGCAUAGGCAAAUGAAGCAUUUCCCUGCAGAGCUUGCUGUAUCAAUCAGGUGAUUGGCAUUGACAUGAAGACCUGCUUUAGGCAGGGUUCAGCUGCAUUACAAAGUUUCUAUUCAGGAACUCCGUAGUGCAGUCUGUCCAAGCAGGAUUUGCUGAUACUGUAGCACUAAUCAGGUUAUUGGCACUUAACAGCAAUCCUUGUUUGCCAAGGAACAAUUGGUAGUGCAGUUUACGACUUACACUUGUUUCUUUACAACCGUCUUCAUCUGCUCUACACAUGACAGCAGAUAGGCGCUUUGGAGAAAACAGCCUUGCUGGCCAGAGGUUUCCCACUGUUGCUUUAUCUGGACUACUAAUACCCUUGUGAGCUGCAUGAUGGAAUAUUGGGUCUAGACCCUGUCUAUACAGUAUUCUCCUUACCAAGAAGUUGCUAGAAGGUUUCUGUACAGAGAAAUCCUUUCCUUGCUUCAUCAUGCCAGUCAUUUCCUCCAGUAGACCAGUGUCAGACUACAUAGUAGCCAAUAAGCUGUGCUUUUAGUUUUUAUUGUAUCUGUCUUACUGCACUUUCAUAUUUUUUUAAUGAUAUUGUGGUAUAUAAGUAUUUGUAUGUCAGCUAGGUCAUUCUCAGAUUACCUAUCUGUUCUAACAGCUGCUGUGGAAAGGCAUUAGCAGACCCCUGGAGCCAAUAUAUCAGGGAUCAGCAAACUUUUUCAGCAGGGGGCCGGUCCACUGUCCCUCAGACCUUGUGGGGGGCCAGAUUAUAUUUUGGAAGGGGAAAAAAUGACACAAGAGCACGAUGAGCCCUGGUGGCUGCUUAUCUGUGUCUUGCGAGCGGCAGGGGCUGGCGGUGGCGGAGGCGGAACGAUGAGCAGCGCAUGAAAGGGCUCCGGAGAGGGGCUGCUUAAAAUAGCAGCCGCUCGAGCACUGCUGCUGCUGGCACAAACUAAGCCCAGCCCCCUUCUUCCUCUAGGCAGGGCAGGGAGAAGCCAGGAGGAGGGAGGGAAAAGGCACUGGUGCCAUGUGAGAGAGAGGGAGGGAGAAGGAAAGAAUGCGGGUGCUGGCGAUCCACACAGCGAUUCCCGGACCGUCCGUGGGCUGGAUCCAGAAGGCAAUUGGGCCUGAUUUGGCCUGCGGGCCUUAGUUUGCCGACUCAUGCAAUAUAGGAAUCUUCUGCCUAGUUGAAGUGGCAGUCACAAUAUCCAGUUGGAAAAGAGGCAUGAAGAGAAUAUUGUAUGCCUGUGACUGCACUUCUUUCAUCGAGCCAAUGUAGGUUGCCUCCUCUUAUUAGCCACUCUUGUUUGAACUCUUCUCUGUCAUAGUCUGCUGACCUAACAUAGCUACAGGAGGAAAAAUUGGAUCUUAUUCUGGCUCAUGUAUUAUAAAUAUGAUUGUUGUGUACAUUUCAAGUGUAGUAUGUCACUCACCUGCAGGUGAUAGUGAUGUCUAAGCCUGAAAUAAAUUGGCUUGAGUUUUAGAUUUUUAAGAGAGUGGGGGAUGACAGAAAAUGAAUAUUCUCCCCUGUAACAGAUGUCAGCUACACACAGGUCAGAUGGUGCCAGCCUAGUAAGUUAACCGAAAAUGAAAAGCAAAGAUACACUCUAUCACAGAAUAAAAUUAACAUUACCCUGCAUUUCUGAAUGGAUGAGAUGUUCCAUUAGGGAUUUCAAAUUCAUAAUGUGAUUCCACUACACUCCCUUAGGACUGACAAGAAUGUAAAGAACCAUGUACAGUCUCUCCAUGCAUAAUUUUAGGUCACAAAUCUUAAGCAUCUGGUGCAGUCAAGGAAAGAAAAAAGCUCCACUAAAAACCCACUUUACCCCCCCCCACACACACAUUGCUGGAAAUAUGAUAUGAAUGAAGUGGCUUUGAUCUUGGUAACACAGUAGCCCUCCCCACUUUUUACUAGCACUAAGGGCUGCAUGGUUACAGAAGGGCUGCAGGGCCAAGGGCUGCUUUUGUGCCUACCCAUGAAGUUGCCUCUUAGCCACCCACCCAUAGCAGAAUAACUUCAGAAGUGUGGAGCCUUAACUCUCUGUCUAGGGUCUGAUUUAGAUCCCUGAUCUUCCAGUGUUCUAAGUCUUAUAGGGAACGUGGGGGGGGGGGUCUUUACUUACUUCUCUAUAAUGGCAAAGCCCAUCUCCCUGCUCCAGUGGUUCUCCUAAACCCCUGCCACCGCUACCAUUCAUUUUUUUACUUCCUCUGAUCCUUUAACUUCCCAAUAACCUACAGUGGUGCCUCGCAAGAUGAAAUUAAUUCGUUCCGCGAGUUUUUUUGUCUAGCAAAUUUUUCGUCUUGCGAAGCACGAAAUCCCAUAGGAAUGCAUUGAAAUUCAAUUAAUGCGUUCCUAUGGUCAAAAAACGUCCAAACAAAGCCAAAUUUGGUACAACAAGAGUUUAUUAAGUGCUCUUUAAAGUCACACAUACUGUAAAGAGCAUUUCAAAAAUUGAAGGAACAAUUAAUUAAGUUUCUAAACAUGACAGAAAAACAUUUUAAAAUCAACAAAGUGUACAGUACAUUUUCUAAGACUCUGGGGGACCACUCGAAGAAGGUUCCUCUUCCACUCUUUGCUUCUUGCUGAAGAACCUGUCCAUGGUCUGCUGCUUCAUCCGCCUUUUCAGCACCUCCCUGAAAGGCGACAUGACCGUCGUAUCAAAAGUGUUCGCAAGGUCAUGUGCCACGUGCUUGUUAGGGUGGUGCCCUAACAUCCUUCCACUUCAUGCAAAUGUCCCUCAGUUCUUUGGAGGACAGCCGUUCCUCAGUUGCUUCCUCCUCUUCCAGCGAGGUCUGCUCCUGCGCAGCCUCUGCCUGCAGUUCGACCAGCUCCUGGGUGGUCAGCUCAUGGUCGUGCUCCUCCACCAGCUCGCAGACGUCCUCCUCUGUGACCUCCAGGCCCAUGGUCCUCCCCAAGGCAACAAUGUCCUGCACCACUGUUGACUCUGGUGCAUCAGAGUCACUUGGUGCCACACAGUCCGGCCACAGGCUGCGCCAAGCGCAAUUCAAAUUUCUCUGGCUGAUCCCGUUCCAGGCCGUGGUGAUCAUCUUCAAGCAGGUGACGAUGUCGAAGUGGUCCUUCCAGAAUUCCCGCAGGGUGAUGGUGGUGCAAUCAGUCACCUCGAAGCAUCGCCUGAAAAGCUCCUUGGUGUAGAGUUUUUUGAAAUUGGCGAUGACCUGCUGAUCCAUCGGCUGGAGCAGUGGCGUGGUGUUAGGCGGCAGGAACAUGAUGCUGAUGAAGCUGAACUCCUCCAACAAGUCCUCCUCAAGGCCUUUAGGAUGAGCAGGAGCAUUGUCCAUCAGAAGCAAAGCCUUCAGCGGCAGGUCGUUGUCCAGCAGGUACUGUUUGACAGCAGGGCCAAAAGCAAGAUUGACCCAGUCCACAAACAGCACACGUGUGACCCAAGCCUUACUGUUGGAUCGCCACAUGACACUCAGCUGCUCCUUGUCGACCUUGUGUUUCUUGAAGGCCCGUGGGUUCUCCGAGUGGUACACCAGCAGGGGCUUGAUCUUCAGGUCGCCGCUUGCGUUGGCACAGAAGAGCAGGGUCAGACGGUCCUUCAUGGGCUUGUGGCCAGGCAACUUGGCCUCCUCCUGUGUGAUGAAAGUCCUUUUGGGCAUCCUCUUCCAAAACAGCCCGGUCUCGUCGCAGUUGAAGACCUGCUGUGGAACGUAGCCCUCCGUCUUCACAGCCUCCAGGAACUCCGCUGCAAAGUCUUCAGCCGCAGGAACAUCAGAACUGGCAGCCUCUCCAUGCCUGACCACGCUGUGGAUUCCAGAUCUUGCCUUGAACCGGUCAAACCAACCUCUGCUUGCCUUGAAGACUUCUGGCUCGCCUGAGGUUCCUGGCUGUUCCCGGACGAGGUUUGCGUGCAAGGCCUUGGCCUUCUCACAAAUGACGGCCUCAGUCGCUGUGUCCCCUGCACGCUGCUUCUAUUCUAACCAGAUGAGCAGCAACUUCUCGACCUCCUCCAGAACAGCUGGGCGGUUCUUCACGAUCCUGGUGACUCCCUUGGCUGCAUCAGUCGCAAGGAUCUUCUCCCUCAUCUUCAGGAUGGUCCCGAUGGUCGAUGGGUUCCUGCCGUACUCCCUGGUGAGGUCUGUCACACGCAUUCCACCGUCGUGCUUCCGGAUGAUCUCCUUCUUCAUUUCCAGCGUCACCUUCUCCUUCUUCCUCUCGCCGGCCUCUGCAGCAGCAGUCUUCUUGGGUCCCAUGGCAGCACAGCUCCUACCUUCGUAAACUCAGAAAAAAAAUAAUCAGUGCUUCACACCCAAAAAAUUCAAAAGCACCCAGCCACCCACCACACAGAAAUUCAAACCCAGAACCAAGUCCUUGAAUUCCAAACACCCAACCCAAAAUCCAACCCCCCCAAAAAAAGUUUUAAAAGUUUAACUUACAAAAUGGCUGCAAAUCACCAAAGUCUUCAAAAUCCUCAAAUGGCUGCAAAAGAAGUUUUGGAAAAGCUUUAAAAAUCACCAAAGUCUUCAAAAACCUCAACUGUCACAACUGCCCAAUGGUCACAGAAAAUCAUAAAAAUGCAGAAAAAAACCACACAAGCUCCCAGAUUCCUGCAAACCCCUCCCCAACUGUUCCCCCAGCCACCCACCACACAGAAAUUCAAACCCAGAUUUUUUUUAAAAAAAACCAACAUGGCCCAAUGGUCACAGAAAAUCAUAAAAAUGCAGAAAAAACCACACAAGCUCCCAGAUUCCUGCAAACCCCUCCCCAACUGUUCCCCCAGCCACCCACCACACAGAAAUUCAAACCCAGAUUUUUUUUAAAAAAAAACACAACAUGGCCCAAUGGUCACAGAAAAUCAUAAAAAUGCAGAAAAAAACCACACAAGCUCCCAGAUUCCUGCAAACCCCUCCCCAACUGUUCCCCCAGCCACCCACCACACAGAAAUUCAAACCCAGAUUUUUUAAAAAAAACAACAACAUGGCCCAAUGGUCACAGAAAAUCAUAAAAAUGCAGAAAAAAACCACACAAGCUCCCAGAUUCCUGCAAACCCCUCCCCAACUGUUCCCCCAGCCACCCACCACACAGAAAUUCAAACCCAGAUUUUUUUUAAAAAAAACCAACAUGGCCCAAUGGUCACAGAAAAUCAUAAAAAUGCAGAAAAAACCACACAAGCUCCCAGAUUCCUGCAAACCCCUCCCCAACUGUUCCCCCAGCCACCCACCACACAGAAGUUCAAACCCAGAUUUAUUUUUUUAAAAAAACAACAUGGCCCAAUGGUCACAGAAAAUCAUAAAAAUGCAGAAAAAAACCACACAAGCUCCCAGAUUCUUGCAAACCCCUCCCCAACUGUUCCCCCAGCCACCCACCACACAGAAAUUCAAACCCAGAAUUUUUUUAAAAAAAACCCAACAUGGCCCAAUGGUCACAGAAAAUCAUAAAAAUUCAAAAAAAAAACCACACAAGCUUCCAGAUUCUUGCAAACCUCUCCCCAACACCAAGUCCUUGAAUUCCAAACACCCCAACCCAAAAUCCAAAAACCCCCAAAAAAGUUUUAAAAGUUUAACUUACCAAAUGGCUGCAAAGAAGUUUUGGAAAAGCUUCAAAAAUCAGCAAAGUCCUCAAAAACCUCAAAAAAGGCUACCACACCACGUGCUAUGUGUUGCUCCUCGAAGUCAAGUCGCAACUGCACCUCUUCAAGCAAUGCACCCUGGGUAUUAACGGUUUUACGAAAAAGGAAACAAACUUGCAAGACGUUUUUGUCUUGCGAAGCAAGCCCAUAGGGAAAUUCAUCUUGCGAAGUGGCUCAAAAAACGGAAAACCCUUUCGUCUAGCGAGUUUUUCGUCUUGCGAGGCAUUCGUCUUGUGGGGCACCACUGUAGUUACUGUGGGGUAUAGGUGUGGUAUAAAGCCAGUCAGAUACAGAUAUUAUAUUUAACAAGGUAUUCAUAUUUGUUUAUUAAAAUAUUAUUAAGUGCACAAGCUUAUCUGCUUACCAUAGUACCGUAUUUUAAAUGAUCAAAUGCCUUGUUAACUUGUUACUGUCAGUUUAAAUUCUACCAGCUUCCAUUCAGCUAUUAAUGUUGAACUAAGACAUCUUUAAGGAAGCAGUUAGUUACCGUGUUAAAACACUUUAGCCAAAUUUCCCUCUUAUUUUUUCCAUCGCAGAUAAGUCUCACCAUAACCUUGCGCCUACUUUCCCAAAGCCAGACGCCUCACUUGGCCAGCUUUGGGAAGACAGCACAAGGACUGGGGGUAGGGGUGGGGUGUUGUUGAAUUAUGGCCUGUCUCCCCCCCCCCCCAACACAACAAGGCAGUGUGUGGUCUGCAGGUUUUGUGUCAAAGUACUGUUGUAGCCCACUUGGUAUGGGAAGUGUACUACGUGAAACACCUUGAACUUCACUUGUUAAAGUCCUAUAGUAUCUAUUAACAUUAAGAAGGUGAUUGAAAGCACAGCCCUAACUGUUCAUUCAGAAGACCAAUUGAUAUCAGUGGGGCUCACUACAUAGUAAAUGUAAUUAGGACUUAUUUGAUGCACAGAAUAAUAAUCAUGAACAUUAAAUUUUGACAUUAUUGCCUCCCCAUUCUCCGUGGUGCAUUAAAAGGACAUAUCUAAUUUCUCUGGUAUUGCUCUGUUAAAGAAAAUACUAAGAUACAGUGCUCCAUAUCACAGAAAGUGUAAUGGGCCAUGCAUUGAUGAAACAUGACAUAACAUUACUCUAAGCAAUAGGUCAGAAAUAAAACAUUCUUGAAUCCGAUAUUCUGUCUAUCUUAGCUGGAGUCAGUAGCUAUCACCAUCUGUGAAAUGCUCACCACUUAUAAAGAAGAGUCAUUGAAAGCAGUGAGCAUUUCACAGAUGGUGAAAGUUAGGAGCCAUUUGAGAUGCUCCAGACUAGGAAGGCUAUCUUACGUUACAUUUAAGUCCAUUGCUUGUCCUGAGAAUUUUAUCAGAGCUUUGCUGCCAAAUCAAAUCAUUUAUAGGCACAGUAUGAACACAAGAAGAGGAGACUAGAAUAGACAUAAGGCAGUUGAAUAUAUAUUUUGGUAUAACAGUCUUGUAUGUAGACCUGAAAGCCCAAGAAUUACAAAAGAACAUAAGAACAGCUCUGCUGGAUCAGGCCAGUGGCCCUGAAAGCCAGUGCAUUUCCUCACCACUAUACAGUAUAGCUAAACAGUAAAUCAGGCAGGGGUGCCAACUUGCCCUCAAGAUUGUGGGUGCCCACUGCCACAAUGUGGACGUGUGACAUCCCACUCACAUGCCUGCGGUAGGAAAGAGCUGCUCAUCUUACUCUCUGCAACUAGUGAGGCACCCUGCCUCAUCAUCCGAGGCCCCCCCAGAAAAGGGUAAUUUGCUCGCUGGCUGUGGAGGCUGGAGCUGAACUUAUUUGCUCUCAGAGGUAGUGCCGCUGCCACCUGACGGCUUUUCUCAUGGAUUUUGCGGGUGUCCGGCACCCACAGUUAUAUUAUUGUUUGUGCCCAAGCACCCACAGCCCCUUGGAGUUGGCUCCUAUGAUGUCAGGAAUGGAAAACUUGUAGUCCUCCAAUUGUCAUUGAAUUCCAAUUCCCUUCAGCCCCAGCCUGUGAAGCCAUUGAUGAGGAUGAUGGUCCAACAACUUCUGCAAUGCCACAGGUUCCCAUCCCUACAAUUUUAUUUUAUUUUUAAAGCAUCUUCUAUAAACUUGCAUGUGCUGUACAGUACCCACCUCCCCACUCCCAGAAUUCAUUUUAAACAACCAGGAAUCAUGUUGCCAUUACAGAACAGAAUUUAAUUCUAUAGAAUUUAAGUGAAGGAAUCCAAUGGUAUUUACUCAUUAUGUAAACAAACAAUAACACAACUCUCUCGCUGCUCAGGCAACCAAUAAGGUAAAAGUUACUUGUAUAUUAUUUUGUGGGUACUAGUUUUGUGAAAUGCUCAAUAUGGAGGCCAAAUGGCUGAAAUAUUGGGAAAUUUUGGAACAAGAUGGAGAUAGACUGAAAUUACAGAGUUUUGAAAAAUUAAAAAAUAAAGUGCGAGACUGGCUUCAUUAUUAUCAGAUAAUGGAGGCAUAUAAUUUGGACAAGAAAAUUGGCUUCCAGGUGGAAAAAUCAAAAUUGGAAACAGAACUGUUAGAACCCAAAACUAAGAAUUUGUCAAGAAUGUAUAACUUGCUGUUGAAAUGGAAUACUCAGGAUGAAACAGUGAAAUCUGCUAUGAUUAAAUGGGCACAAGAUGUUGGACAUAACAUAAUGAUGGCUGACUGGGAACAGUUAUGGACCACAGGUAUGAAGUUUAUGGCAUGCAAUGCCUUAAGAGAGAAUAUUAUGAAAAUGAUAUACAGGUGGUACAUGACCCCAGUCAAGCUUGCAAAAAUCUAUCAUUUGCCUGAUAAUAAAUGUUGGAAAUGUAAAGAAACUGAAGGUACAUUCUUUCACCUUUGGUGGACGUGCCCAAGGAUUAAGGCUUUCUGGGAGAUGAUAUAUAAUGAAUUGAAAAAGGUAUUUAAAUAUACCUUCUUGAAGAAACCAGAGGCCUUUCUCCUGGGCAUAGUCGGCCAAUUGGUGCCAAAGAAGGAUAGAACUUUUUUUAUGUAUGCAACAACAGCAGCAAGAAUACUCAUUGCGAAGUAUUGGAAGACACAAGACCUACCCACUCUGGAAGAAUGGCAGAUGAAGGUGAAGGACUAUAUGGAACUGGUGGAAAUGACUGGCAGAAUCCGAGACCAGGGAGAAGAGUCGGUGGAAGAAGAUUGGAAGAAAUUUAAAGACUAUCUACAGAAAUAUUGUAAAAUUAAUGAAUGUUAGAAUGUCCGGGAAACAAGCUAAUGAAAAAUAAGUAAUGGAAAGAUUGAGUUGUUUUUAACCAUUUUUAUUUUGUAUUUUCUUCUUUUUUAUUUUUAUUUUGUAAUAUUUUGAAAAUCUUAAUAAAUAUCUUAUAAAAAAAAUAGUUUUGUGAAAUGCUGUCUCAUUUACUAACCCAUUAUAAGCAGAAUAAAUGAAGCAGGGAAGCUUUUUAAAUGCAGUGGUACCUCGGGUUAAGUACUUAAUUCGUUCUGGGGCCUCCCGCUGCUGCUGCGCCGCUGAAGCAUGAUUUGUGUUCUCAUCCUAAAGCAAAGUUCUUAACCUGAUGUCAGGGAACUGACAUCGGAGCUAGAGGCGGAGGGGAGGCUCUCAAAUGAAGCUGGAGAAGGGCCCAGCAGGGAGAGAGGCAGCUCAGCAGAUGGGGAAGCAAAUCAGCGCAACACCAGAGAUAAAGAGGGGCAGAUGGGGGAAUCGGCGAGAGGGCUCCAGGACUCUUCACCGGACACCAGCGGGGAGAGCACGGGUCCUCCGCUACCCACGCCCUCCCUGCGCAGAAGGCUUCCGCGCAGGGAGAGUAGGAGGAGACUUGGCGUCAAACAACUUUUAUGUUGGAAAAGGUUUAAGAAACGCCCACUGACGGAUUCUGCUAGCGACUGAGGCAGCCACGAAGUGAAGGGCUGUCCAGACAGAAAGGUUUAACAAGGCAACAUAGCCAGGAGAGGCGGCAACUUACGCAUGAGCAACCCAUACUCAUUACACCUGAGGUACUAUUUCUGGGUUAGCGGAGUCUGUAACCUGAAGCGUCUGUAACCCGAGGUACCACUGUAUAGCUCUACGUUCCACUUGACUAUUUUAGGCAUUGUACAGCUAACAGACAAGCUAAAAGAACUGCUCCUGUGGAUGUUGCAAUUUUUAAAGCUGGGUAACAAAUAAUGGAAAUGUCCUAAGCAGAAACCUAGAGCCCAGAAAAGCUUCCACAAGGCUUCUCUCAACACAUCAAAUACUGCACUUAUACCCACAAGCAAAUUUGAAGCAGUGGAGCAGACAGAAAACUGCACCUACCUGUAAAAGAAUUAUAAUACGUCUGGAAUACUUCUUGCAGAAUACUUUAUUGGUCAUGGCAUUUCAGUGGUUUUCCAUACAUUUGAGACACAGGAGGACAAAAGCAUAGCAUUGCUAAGAAUAUAGUUCCUGAUUUUCUUGACACUCACUGUAACUCUUAGUACAAUUUGAUAUUUUCCAGAAAGCCACCUAACUGCUUUCAAUUUGCAUAUUUAAUAAUCAAUAUUAUGUAAAGUUGAUCAUUAUGUGGUAGACUUAUUGAAGGGGUACAUCAUAGGUCAAUAGUUUGAUGGAAAUUGCUAAUGAGAUUUUUUUUGGGGGGGGUGUUGUGCAGCAGUUUUCUUAUUGAAAUCCUCCCCUCUUUCAAGCGGCACCUGUUGAUUACCCAUGUAAUAAGAUCCUCUGUUCAGUACACUUCCCUCUGUUGGUGGGAAAUGGCAAAACCACAGAACUAGCUGUGCUCUACAAACAUCAGAGUUCCCCUCAGAAACCAUGCUUUCCAGAUCAGUGGUGGAUCCCUACAACCUAAAUAAAUAUGGAUAAAAAAUAACCUUGCUCUGUUGUUUAUUGAGCUGCUUCAAUUUGGCAGAGGUUGGGAGGGAAGACAAUGGAUUCUGGAUAUUAACAUGUAGAUAAUACUGAGUUCUAGAGAACACAAGUAAGUACAAAAAUAGCUUGAAUAUUCCUGGGUGAAAUAUCUGUGGCAUUUGCAGGAGGGCUGAAUGUUAGGAUCAAACUAGAUGUGACACUAAACAAAUAAUUAGUAACAACAUCUCUGUGUUCAAAGCAUAGCAGUACAGACUCCUCAAUUUCAUCUUGACUGUUGUGCACAGGGAGGUUUAAGUUUUUUCCCUCAUGACACAGUCCGAACAAAAAAUCCUCCUCCUCUACACAACUACUGGCCCCAUAAAUGGGAUUUUUCUCAGGCACACCGGGGGGGGGGGGGGAGGUGAAGCCUUCCUUACCAGUACACUUCAGUCAUGACAAAAAUAACCUCCCUCCAUCAUCUAUUAAUUUUUUAACAACACACAAACAUAGUUGGGCUCUGGGACUAGUUGAUACACAAGAGAAGACCUGUGGGAAGUGCUGUGCUGUUUCCAGGCACACUCCUGGUUUACUAUCAAAGGGAGAUGUUUGUGAUGGGUAGAAAUGGUGUUCAUGUGUUUGUAACAUUUGCAGGGAUGUUGUAAGCAAGGCUGUGCCCAUUCUUAUGAUGGCAUUCUCACCUUUUCAAGAUUCCUCCACCAUGGAAACUGAGGCAACAGUGACCCAGGUUCUAGAGCUUGAGUUGAAGGUACAUGACACAGCAAUGUUGCUGAACCCAAGUAGAUCAGGAGUGUGCCUGGAUAAGAUACCACUGUUUGGUACACUACCUGGCAUUUUAUGAAAUAAAGGUGGGUUAUGAAUGAAGAUAGAUAAUUAACUACCAUCCACUGAGUGGCAUCUUCAUAUAAGCCUGGCAAAGAGAUUUGUAAGGCAAUUAUCUCAUGUGUGAACCAGCCAUUUAAUAAAUUCUAAAUCCUGGAUAUUUAUUUAAUACUACCCUACAUGGCAACUGCAUUGCAAAACUGCUUUUACAUAAGAGCUGCUCCACACAGUAAAGUUGGUGUAUGAGCUCAGUGCACAGGUUAGCCACUGCCCUCCGCCACCAUCGUCUGGUUUGUCUCCAGAGUGCUGCUACUUAGUCCUAACAGCAGUCUGACAUCCCAGUGUUCGGAUGAGCCAGAUGGUGGGACUAAUAAAUGUAACAAACCAAUACACAUGAAUGGCUGCACUUAAUUGGGUCCUGAAUAAACUUUCAAUAUCAGAAUCCUAUCUUGUAUCUUGCUGAUGAAACACCAGCAAAAUCCCCAAGGAACUAAUGAGAACUCCAGUUUGCAGAGUUGAUGAAAACAUGCUUCCCUAGAGAAAACAAUGUUGAUGACAAUGUUGCUAUUAUGUUCUUGCAGAAUUAGAAGUUUGCCCACCUAUUAUCCUUACUGUAUAAGCAGCUGGAAUUAUCUGCUCCUUGUGUGAAAGCCCAAUGUAAUGCCAUAGAUAUGUUUAGUUUCAGGAGAUGUGCAUAAAACCUGGAAUUCGGAUUGUGGGUUUCUCUACCUUUUAAAACUCUUUGGCAGCUAGCCAGACUCCAACAGGGCAGAUAAAAUCAGAGCACCAACCCUGUGGAAUCCAGGGGACCAUGACAAUGGAGCAUCAUCAGAGUCCCAGAAUAGGUCUAACCAAUGGCGUUUCAAACCAUAAUAAAUUGCUAAUUUUGCAGUGAAUUGAACACUCACCACUCAUCUUACUUCUCACCACCAUUCCAGAGAAAACAUGAAAACCAGACAGAAUUGGAAUAUAAUUUGCUGUCAGAGCAUCAGCUCAGUGCAUUAGUGUAUUCAUUUCAGCGCAUACACCACACUGAUCCCUAUCUUAAACUGGGAUUAGGAGGACCAGCAUGGCUGGCACAGUUAGUGCUGGCAUCAUGAGCAGGCAAUGGACAUCUGUCAAAGCCCAUACCCCUACAGGGGCCCAUUGUCAACCUCUUCAGCUGCCCGGCCUUGCUGCUUCUCUGCUUUGCUAUUCUUUCCCCUCAAAGCAAGGGAGCAGUGAGAAGAGUGAGAAGAUGGAGCAGCAUCGUCUGCUUGCCUUGCCUUCUCCCCCUCUGGGCAACUGUGCUGAUUGUGCCAAAGGACGAAGGACUAUAGCUCACUGGUAGACAAUCUGAUUUGCAUGCAGAAGGUCUAGGUUCUAGGAAAGACUCCAUCUGAAACCCUGGAGAGCUGCUGCCAGUCAGUGUAGACAAUGUUCUUAAAGAGAAAGGGAGGCAAACGGGCCUGUUCAGUGACAGGUCUCCCUGAAAGCAUCUUGCCUAAGGGCCCUCCAAAAUCUGGUGCGAGUUCUGGACACAGUCCAAGCAAGGAAUUGCUGCAGGAGUUUUUAUGUGAAAACUCAUGCAGCCUUAUACGGUACUUCAGGGUUGGGAAAAAUACUUUCUGCACUUCUGCUUUGUCAGGGUCAGUUAAUAGACAUCCAACAAUGAAUGUAAAAGAGAAACCUUUUACUGGUUGCUACUACUUCAAGCUGCAUGUAUGAAUGUUUCACAUUCUCUCUUAUACAGUAUGCUAGUUUUCUGUGUGUAGUGACUUUUGGGCUAGAUGGGGAGAAGUAUUCUCACCUGCGGCCUGACGUCCAGGAAAAGCAUUUUCACUUGAUAAAUACCGGUAGGUCAUCAAUUAUACAAACUGUAAGUUAUCAUCUGGAUGCAAUCUGAAAUACCACAAAACAGAUUAGGAAUUUCUGGAAACACCAAAGAAAUGCACACACCCCACACCCACACUUGUAAAAAUUACCAUAAAAUGUUCAUUACAUUGCAUUACUGAAAUAAACUUUGAGCUGUUUGCAUAUUGUUACAUGAAAAGGAGUUUGCAAAUGUUCCCGAAAAAUUGCCUCCAUAUUUUGUGAGGAAAAUAAACGUGUUUGGGCUGCAUUCUGCAAAUCUGACAAAUUGCAAUUGAAUGGGUUUAUUACUAAGUUGAUUAAAAUAUUCCAAAACACAAAACAUGCAGGAAGGGGAGAGAAUACAAGCCUGGGCAAAAUUCUCACAGAUCCUCAGAUUAUCGGCCUUUGUGUGGAUAUAUAGAAAAUCUUCACACCUUUUGGCUGACAGCACAUAGAACCACCCACAUUAACCAGCCCUUCAUUCCUGACAGAAUAAAGAUGACUCACCAAUGCCUCUCAUUGACUAUUUGCAUAUCAAACAAGCUAGAUAGAAAAAGUGAAAUAAAAAGCUCCAUGUGUCAUUGGAUUGCAUUUUAUAGUAAUUUUUGUUUUUAUUUCCUUCAUCUUUUAAUGCUGAUAGUGCAUUAUUCUAAAUUAAUUUUAUUAGUUUUACAUUUAUUAGUUUUAUUAUUUUUACAAAAGCAGCUUAAAGCAAUGUACAGUAAAUACAUACAUUAAAAUCAGCAUAAAACAAAACCAAGAAACAGCUAAAAGACAACCAUAGUUUUAAAAAACAGGGUUAAAACAGUUCUCACCUGGGGUCUCCUGGUUUUCCUGGCGCACUCCAGAUGUCAGGUGAAGGGUUUGAAUCUCCAGGUGGGUGAAAGCACUUUUAAAAACAUUUAAAAGUGCUCAAGGAGGAAGCUGAUUUUCUCGAUCCAUUUCAAUUGGGGUAUGGUCCCGUUUUGGCACAAAAACAGCUUUGGUUACCCUGUAUAAUGAUCUCUGUUGAGAGAGAGAAACAGGAAUGUGCCACUAUUAAUUCUCAUGGACCUCCCAGUGGCUUUUGAUACCAUCAACCAUGGUAUCCUUCUGGAGCAGCUGUCCAGGUUGUGGGUUGGCAGCACUGCUUUGCAAUGGUUACAGUCCUAUUUGGUUGGCUGCUUCCAGAAGGUGAUGCUUGGGGAGUGCUAUUUGGCCCCAUGGAGUCUUCAAUGUGGGGUUCCUCAGAGUUUGAUUUUAUCUCCUAUGCUGUUUAACAUCUACAUGUGGUCAUCCAUUGUCAGGGACUGACUGGAUGAAGAGGAGUGGUGGGAGGCACCAGUCGGGGAACUCCCAAGGGAAACCCCAGAGGGGGAAGUGCUCGUAGCUAGGGGAUUGGUGGUGGAACACUGAGGAGAGGUCAGAGGGAGAAUAGUGGGAGGAAGGGAUGGAUGCUGAAGGGGCAACAGGGUUUAUUGAGCAGGAAGAACCACUGACAGGGAGCAGUUCAGACUCCAAGGCUGAAGUGGACGGGCCUCCCCUCCUGCUUGGUCUCCAAGAAGGCACUGAAUAAUGAGGAGGGCAGAACAGAGACCAGAGGUGCACAGACACAGUUUGAGACUGCUUGGGAAACAUCCAGGAGAGGAAGAGUCUUAGAAAGGGUUGAAGGCAGGGACCUUUAGUCCUGGAAACUGCUCCAUAGAGGCAGGACCUGCUGAGAAGUGUUGCUGUGUUGUCUGCUGUUUCCUUGAAUAAAGAGUUAACUGACAAGAGUGUCUUGUGCCUUUCAUACUGACCUGCAUCUGACUCCAGCCCUGACAUCCAGAGUUUUGGAAUAUGCUGUCAGCAAUAUGCAGAUGGCACACAGCUCUCCUUCACUUUUACAUCUCUAGGUGUGACAGUGGAUGUACUGGACAGUUGUUUUGCCUUGGUAAGAACGGACUCGAUGACAGCUAGUAAACUGAAGAUCGAUAACAAUGAGGCACUGUUAGUGGGCAGUUCCCUAGACCGGAUGAAUGGAUGGUUGCCUGCUUUUGAUGGGGUUACACUCUCAAGCAGUUAGUACUUAGCUUGUGGGUACUUCUGGAUCCAUUGCUGUUGCUUGAGGCUCAUGUGACCUCAGUGGUGCAGAGUGCCUUCCAUCAGCUUUAAGCUGGUGGCCCAGCUGCACCCCAUCUGGACAAGGAUUGCCUAAGUUUUGUUGUCUAUGUUCUUGUUGUCUCUAGUUUAGAUUACUGCAACACAUUAAAUGUGAGGCUGCCUUUGAAGAUGGUUCAUCUGAUGCCCUUCUUUGUGUGCUCCCUCCAUGAGAGGUCUGGAGAGUGGCAGGCUGCCUUAGACCCUUAGUGAUUAUGUGCUGGCUGGCCUGAUAUCCAAAUGCCUCACACCUGCUCCAGAAGCUGUUAACAGGAUGGUGUGAGGCAUGUUUACAUCAUGGGCCAGGUGAGAUAGGCUAAUAGAGCAUAGAUAAUAAACCCUGCAGCUGCACUACUGCUGGCUGACACUCAGCCGUCAGCUGACCCAGAAGUGGGUCCUCCCUGCCAAUACUUAUCCCUGAAGCGCAGGCAGCAAGUCAAGUUAAUAAAGCAAACCAAAAACUCUUGAGAGUCCUAAAGGGUUUAACCCUUUAGGAUGUGCCAAUAAGCAAUGAAGAAGAAUUGUACAAACCAAGUAACCCAUCUCCUUGUAAUACAAAAUUCUUCCACAGUAGGUUUGUCCUACAGAUGGCGCCAGAUGAGAAUUCCAUGUGGGGAGCUCCUUUGGGAAGAAGGGCAGGAUAUAAAUUUAAUAAGUAAAUAAAUGCAGUGCAUGCUCUGAAACACAUGGUCCACCUCACAAAAAAGGUCAUGCCUGCCCUUUCUGAAGUGGUAAAGAGCAGCCUCUAGUCCUUAAAUGGCUCCAUUAAUUUCCCCUCCCCAUGUCCUAUGCCUGAAACUCCUUCCUAGAGCUUCCAUGUGGAGCCAGUUUCCCAUCUUCCUUCAAAUCCCUUCCUAAAUCCCUUCUUUUCAGCGAAGCCUAGUUCCUUAGCUACUUUCCCUACCAAUUCCCUUUUGUUACCUUUCAGUCCUUGCCUCUCCCAUUUCUCCUCUUUCAUUUUGUUUUUCCUGCCCUUUCCUCUUUUCUCUCUCUCGCCUUCCCUGCCAUCAAAAUGUAUCUUUGAAGCCUCUUGGGGCAGGAACCUGUCCUUGCUACUUACUGUUACUCUGUAAAGCGCAAUGUACGUUGAUAGUGCUGUAUAAAUAAAUAAUCAUAAUAGCCCAUUACAGUAAUUUAGCAUCAGGGUUACAUAAACAGCAGUUGUUGUGUCUGAACCUGAAAGAAUCUGAAUAAAUUCUUAAAAGACAUUGAAUUAACAAAAAGCAAAAUGUUGGGCAUAAGCGUCAAACUACAAAAGACAAUAGAGAUCCAUGAUUAGAUCUCUAGAGACAGUUGCAUUUUUAGUUAAAAGUAUACAUAAGGGACCCUGAUUUUUACUGGAGCAUCAGCAGUGCUCCCCCCCUUAAACUUCUCCCAGUGUUUUAAUGAUCUAAAUCACUCCCUCUCUGACUAUUUGGCCUGUAGGGGACAAUACUAUACUACAUCCUCCUCUCCCAAUGCCAUAAUUGGAGCAGAGAGAAAGAGGGAGGGGCUGCUUUCAACUAGGAACAGAAAAAGAAGAGGAGUUUGGAUUUGAUAUCCCACUUUAUCACUACCUUAAGGAGUCUCAAAGCAGCUAACAAUCUCCUUUCCCUUCCUCUCCCACAACAAACACUCUGUGAGGUGAGUGAGGCUGAGAGACUUCAGAGAAGUGUGACUAGCCCAAGGUCACCCAGCAGCCGCAUGUGGAGGAGCAGAGAAUUGAACCCGGUUCACCAGAUUAGGAGUCUACUGCUCUUAACCACUACACCACACUGGCUCUCUUCAGAAACUUCAGAAAGUCUGAGAUUGUACAACAGAUCUCUUGUGUAGUUUAGCCAUGAGAUGCCAGAAUCUCCACUCUCAUUAAAAAAAAUAGUUCCUUUCUCUACAUUUAAGAUAAGGGACUCAGAAGCAAGAUUAUCUCUUUCAAGGUUUAAGGGGCCCCUUGACAAAGUGGCCUCCUGAGUGGGCUUAUCUGGCAAAGAAAAGCAAUAAUAAAUAAUAAUAAAACCCAACAACUGCCAGGGAGCAAUGCUAUGUCAAGGGCACUAUGGGAAAUUAAAUGGCUGCCAGCUGCUGUAACCACCAAGUGUAGGGCACCCAGGGCAGACAUCAGCACUGAUGGGCGCUGCAGGGGCCCAGGUAUCUGUCCAUGUUUGCCAGGGUGCUGCUAAUGCCAGGACAGGCAUGCACCCAGGAACUUGCUUCUUCCACAGUAAGUCAUCAUCAGGAGGAAAAGAGACUGUUCCUCUAAGGUUUAAAUGUAUGUUAUUUCUGGUACCUAAAUGCAACAGAAUCCAGCCAUGUGGUUUAAUGCUCCUUGACAAUACACCUUGCUAUAGUUUUAUCAGGAACUACCGUCUGAUUUGAUUUUCCCUCACCACAUCAUUUUAGGUGAAUAUGGGUGAACAUGAAUGAAUCCAUUUUUAUAUUUCAUAUACUCAGCAGGUAGUUGCAACUAUUAUUAUUCUUCUUUUCAAAUGUAUUGGGCAAAAUAUUCAUACUGAGUAUGAAUAUACACUGAAGUGUCUGUAACCCAAGGUACAACCGUAUUUAUAUUUUUGAGCUUCUCAGCAGAUACUAUAUUUCCUCUUCUCAUCAGUCUUCACAACAAUAUGAAGAUAAAGGUAAGGUAAAGGGACCCCUGACCAUUAGGUCCAGUCGUGGCUGACUCUGGGGUUGCAGCGCUCAUCUCGCUUUACUGGCUGAGGGAGCCGGCAUACAGCUUCCGGGUCAUGUGGCCAGCAUGACUAAGCCGCUUCUGGCGAACCAGAACAGCGCACGGAAACGCCGUUUACCUUCCCGCUGGAGCGGUGCUAUUAAAUCUACUUGCACUUUGACGUGCUUUCGAACUGCUAGGUUGGCAGGAGCAGGGACCGAGCAAUGGGAGCUCACCCCAUUGCAGGAAUUCGAACCGCCGACCUUCUGAUGGGCAAGUCCUAGGCUCUGUGGUUUAACCCACAACACCACCCGCAUCCCAUAUGAAGAUACUGACACAUAUUUCCAUUUUCAGGUGGAGACACCUAAAUUAUUUUAAAACAAAACAAAAUCUGACCAAUACUAAUUCCCAGAAUUAAUGCUUAAGUCAAAGUACAAUAUUGUUGUUGUUUAGUCGUUUAGUCGUGUCCGACUCCUCGUGACCCCAUGGACUAGAGCACGCCAGGCACUCCUGUCUUCCACUGCCUCCCGCAGUUUGGUCAGACUCAUGUUUGUAGCUUCGAGAACGCUGUCCAACCAUCUCGUCCUCUGUCAUCCCCUUCUCCUUGUGCCCUCCAUCUUUCCCAACAUCAGGGUCUUUUCCAGGGAGUCUUCUCUUCUCAUGAGGUGGCCAAAGUAUUGGAGCCUCAGCUUCACGAUCUGUCCUUCCAGUGAGCACUCAGGGCUGAUUUCCGUAAGAAUGGAUACGUUUGAUUUUCUUGCAGUCCAUGGGACUCUCAAGAGUCUCCUCCAGCACCAUAAUUCAAAAGCAUCAAUUUUUCAGCGAUCAGCCUUCUUUAUGGUCCAGCUCUCACUUCUAUACAUCACUACCGGGAAAACCAUGGCUUUAACUAUAUGGACCUUUGUUGGUAAGGUGAUGUCUCUGCUUUUUAAGAUGCUGUCUAGGUUUGCCUUCACCUUUCUCCCAAGGAGCAGGCGUCUUUUAAUUUCGUGACUGCUGUCACCAUCUGCAGUGAUCAUGGAGUCCAAGAAAGUAAAAUCUCUCACUGCCUCCAUUUCUUCCCCUUCUAUUUGCCAGGAGGUGAUGGGCCCAGUGGCCAGGCAUAUUUUAAUAAUUGCAUCACAGAUGCAUCCUACAUUUCUAAAGGUUAAGUGAUACAGAAAAUUAUAUUAUACAUCUUUAAGUGUUUCUAGAUUUUAUCUGACAGUAUCAUUUUACCACUACUAAUUCAAAUUAAGUUAUCUCUAGUAUUGCUGCUCAAACAUUAUGCUGAGAUUUGUCAUUCCAGUACAGUAUUAUAACAAACUUAUACUAGGGUUCUAAUGCAAAUAUUUAUUUGUGUGUUUGCUGCAUCUUCACACAACAAUUUAUAGUAUGUGAUCUUAUGCCUAAGUACCCUGCGGCAAAGCUAUUUCCCAUUUCUUGGUUGCUGGCACCUGCUUCUUUUCCCAGUAUUUGGUAGCUAAUAUACAAACUGCCACCAUUUUCUGUCAUUUUGAUGGUGACUAUUUCUUUUAUAUAUUUCAAAAGAAAAAUUAAAGAAUAUACCGGUAAAUUUUAUUUUAAGUGGUUAUUUGUUGAAUUUUCUUCUGUAACGUUGCCCCAGAAUUGAAGCACUUUAAAUCCCUUUAUCCCCCUUCACAGAAAAUUUGACUUAGUAAGUAAUAUUGGAUAGACCAGGGGUAGUUAACCUUUUUUUACCUAUUGCCCACUAAUCCAUCUUUCUUGAUAGUAAAAUUUCCUUACCGCCCACCAGUGCUCGAUGGAAGGAGGAUUCAGCUUGUGCCGUAGAACCCCCUACCGCCCACCUAGAAUCCUGAAAUGCCCACUAGUGGGCGGUAGGGACCAGGUUGACAACCUCUGGGAUAGACCAUCAGAAUCUGUAAACAAUGUGACACCAGUGAAUGGGAAAAACAAGAGUGGUGAACAACAGGUAAUGAGACACAAUUUCCUGAAAAGUGAUUUUACUUGUCAAAGUCUGAGGUGUUUUGAGUAAAAGCUCUUCUUCAAAAGCAAUUGAACAUGCUAGGUAGAUAUUUUAAGAAUUACUGCUAUUUUCAUCCAAGUGUUUGUUUUUCUGUUUUGUUAGUCAUUCUGAAUUACUCAUUUGGAGGAGAGAAACUGGGUACUGGCAAUAUAGUUUUUUGUGCUUAAACAGCAUGUCUUAUUUUGCUUGUACCUGUUUUUAAAACAUUCAUCUCGACCUCUUUUCUCUUAAUGCUCUCACAGCUAGGGUAAUAAUAGCCUUGUAAUAAUUUCACAUCUGUUUAUACGGAUGCAGAUGUCUCCUUCUUUUUCUGUACUCUGACAUGGUGGUACACAUUCAGUUUCUCUUGUUGUGGACUAUACUGAGCUAAUGGACCAAUAAUCUGACUCAUCAUAAGACAGCUUCCCAUCUUUCUGUAUAACUGGAGAGAGAAGGUGAUGGAGAAGAUGUAUAAUGUAUGUCAUUUAUUUAUUUUGCAUACAUGCAUGUUUAUGCACAUGCACAAAAAGCAGCUUCUGUCUUUUUGAACAAAGAGUUCUCUAAGGAUAGGACAAUUAAUUAUAGCCUGACUAGGUUGUGUAAAUAUAGCUGGCUCAUCUCUUGAAAAGUUAGCGGCUCCCUUCCUCCACUGAGCAGAUCAUCCUAACAUAUGGCUCAAGAAGAAGACAAUCUUUCUUUGGCAGCUACAAUCAUCUGUCCGGACAGGCACCAGAAGGCAAUCUGGUAAUCUCAGUUGCGUGUCAGUGCAAAAUACUACCAGAAAGUGAGGAGUGCCUUUCUAUUCCCAGUUAUCUCCAAGCAGAUCAAGAUUUUUGUUUAUCUUUCAUUGGUGCCUUUGAUGAAAAGGCAGGCACUUUAUUGCUGUCCAUGAUGCUGAGUUGUUUUGACAGGUUAGGGCUGAAAAGGGUCUUGGGUACUUACAAAGAGGGAAAAGGCUAAGUGUAAACUGGCAGAAUGAAUUGGCAGCAAUAGUGCUGGCAGCUCCAUUUAAUCUGUGCUGCCCUUUGAAUAUUUGCUUUGCAGUUUACACUAACAGGUUUCAACCUCCAGUUCUGCCAAGUCAAUCAAAUAGUCUUAACAGCAUAAAGUGUCAGCGUUUCUUUUUGUCCUCAAAACCUUGAAACCAUUUGCAGUUAUUUGGUUGACGUGUUUAUUUAAUCAUUAGAGGCCUCUGUUUGCAAAGGCCCCCACAGAACCUGGCAAAGAUUCCUCUGAAAGCAACACAAAGUUUCUUUGUGUUUCUCCAAACAGAAACAGGGAUAGAAAAGCUAUAUCCCCUCAAGUAUUUCCAGGAGUUUGCAUUUAGAAGAAACUGGUCUGCAAAGUCUUUCUGGCAGCAACCUAUCUGGCUGAAAAAUACGCUUGUAUUAACUCAUUCAUGCUGCCAGUUAACAUUCACUGUUUUCUACAACACAUCAUUACUUAUCAGCAGACAUAAAUAAAAGAAAAAGGAGAUGAGCUCUUUCCCAGUAAAAAUCUUGACCAUAACACUGACACCAUUUAAGACUGAAGAAUCAUGAGUGCAAUGAGAAUAGACAUUCUUCACAUGGUGACCUCCAUGCAGGACUUAAUUUCUGCUGCAGAAUUUGGACUCUUGACAAUUUCAGCUUUUUGGUUUUGGAAAUGUAGAGUCCACAUUACGAGGCUGCCCAGUAUUCUUUUGGAACAUCCAAUUAUGUCUCCUGUCUAAUUCUUCUAUUAUGCCUUGCUGAUCUCCUCUUCCCAUUAAAUCAUUUGAGGCCAAAUAAAAGAACUUCAAAGUCUGUAAACCCCAAAUAUUGCACUCAGAAUAAAACUACAACUUUAUCAUCUUUUUUUUUUUUUUUUUUUUUUGCUUAUAGUGUGGCAAAUGCAAUUCUAAGCAAUUCUGAAAUCACUGGGAUUUAUUUUCCAAGUAAAUAUCAUUAAGACUGAGGUCAAAGCCGUUGUUUUAAAAAGUUACAUUUAAUUUCUGGAUGUCACUAGUUUCCUGUGAGAUCCAGCUUUUCCCAUAAACCAUUUCUUAGUUUUAUAGUUUGUGUGUGUGUGUGUGUGAGAGAGAGAGAGCGCGAUCAUGAAAUGGCUAAACAUACGAAGCCUGAAAUAUUAAACUUGAAACCAUGAAAUAAUCCAUUUUUAAAGUUAUUUCUUAGAUGUGUUAUAUGGAAAAAAAGUGGUUUGGAUCCAAACAGCCCCUAGCAUGAGCAGAAGGAAUGUCUACUAAUGUCAAGAGUGUCUUUAAUUUCCACAGAUGUGCUCUCCCCCCUGCCCUCUCAACACACCCACACUGUCAGCCUAUUGCCCACCAUUACAAAAGGUCCUCUAUGCCAGUGGUUUUCAACUAGUGUGCGAUGGCACCCUGGGGUGCAUUGAAUGAUGGCCAGGAGUGCUGUGGGCAACACUGGCCUCUGUCCCUCUUUCCUUCCCUCCCUCCUCUGAUGCCCUCUCACAUCUUUGCCCUCUCACAUCACAACCAAAGGCUUGCACAGGUUUUUAUUGCAGCAUCCCUGGCUAUAAGCUCCACAGGCAAAUGGUGCCUCUGUGAAGCAUCGCUCUUUGGGGUAGGGUGGGCAGCUAAGAGACCAUGGAUGACAGCAGCAGCUGCCCAGAGGACUCCCAUGGAGAGGGUCUACAAGGAAGGGUAGUCAAAAAUGGGUGAGUGUCUUCCAGCUCUGCAGGCAAGGGGUAUCAUAACUGGACUCCUGAGCCCCACAGGGGUGCUACAGAAAGAAUGUAGUUGAUUAAGGGAGUCAUGGACUCAAAAAGGUUGAAACCCCCCCCCCCGGCUCUUUGCUAUACAAUGAGUCUAGCAUUAAUAGUGUUUUGUACUACAUGGUUUUGUCUUAUGCGAAAUGUACAUCUCAAAUAAAAAGAUUUCCUUUGUCUUUAGAAGUAUAGCCUAGCUCACUCCUAUAGCCUUGCAGUGGUUCGCAAAAGCAAAACAAUACCUUCAAAACCUUCAGCAAAGCAGAACGAUGUUCUCAUGAAAAUAUAUCUUAAACACUCACAACCCUAUGAUGACAUAAUUUUGAGUCUACAAAGCAGAUAAAACUUGCAACACUUGGCAGCAGGUGGAAGUGUUGAGUUGCUGAGUUUCCUGUGGGAUGGUGUUCCUGUUAAACUGUGAGACUGCCACUAGGAAAGCACAUGUCACCUGGGGGUUGCAGGGUUCCCUCUUUCCCUUAGUCCAACCACAAUCUCAGCAGCACUUGGAGUUGGUUGUAGCAAAUGGUAAUCUUUAUUGCAGUCAGAUGUAGUUGCAGGCUUUGUGGUUAGAUUCACUCUUGGACAGAAUACUUCCUUUUGCUCCCCUCUCAUGGCUUUGAGUAGUAGUAGUAGUAGUAGUAGUAGUAGUAAUAAUAAUAAUAAUAAUAAUAAUAAUAAUAAUAAUAAUUUAUUUAUACCCUGCCCAUCUGGCUGGGUUUCCCCAGCCACUCUGGGCAGCUUCCAACAAAAUAUUAAAAAUACAUUAAAACAUCAGUCAUUAAAAACUUCCCUAAACAGGGCUGCCUUCAGAUGUCUUCUAAAAGUCAGAUAGUUGUUUGUUUCCUUGACAUCUGAUGGGAGGGUGUUCCACAGGGCGGGCGCCACAACCGAGAAGGCCCUCUUCAAUGCCCUUGUAGGCCAGCCUUUGGCAACACAGUGCCCGCCAGAUGUUUUGGAUUAUAACUCCUAUCAGUCUCAGCCAGCACAGCUAAACUCAGUGCUUUCUAUUUAGAUACCGUAUAUAUGCCUCACUUUUCCCCCAAAUUCCAACCAUGUAAAGUUAAAGUGUGGCUUAAAUCUGUGACCUUACCAAAACUGGCUGUUACGAUAUCACUGCUGAAACAAAAAUACGGUAAAACGGAACAGGUGUGAGUGCCUGCGGAAUUUUAAGGGGGCGGCUUAUAUUCGGGUAUUGUCUUUUUUGCUUUUUACCCCUUGAAUUUUAAAGCUGUGGCUUAUAUUCAGGGGCUGCUUAUAUUUGGGCCAAUACGGUACAUUCUAAAAGAGUAGUGCACACUUCUGGUAUUCACCAGAGGUGUUUAUCUCCUUAAAUCCUUUCCUUCAUCUAUGUUUAUCUCCUUUAGGUCUGCAUGCACAUCAUAUGUUUAAAACACAGUGCUUCUCCCAAAGAAUACUGGGAAAUAUAGUUUACCGCUCACUAGCACCCUUAACAAACUACAAUUUCUGGGAUGAUUUAGGGGACGUCAUGUGCUUGAAAUGCGCUUGAAAUAUAUGCGGUGUACACAGCCUAAGUCCCUACACAAAGCUGCUAUUCUAGCAAAAUCUGUCACUUGAAAGCUCUCUUAGCUGCAACCAGAACAGCACCUGUUACUCUGCACAGUGUGGCUCAGCUUUCUUGUGUAAUAUACCUCAGUGCUUGUGACAUGUAUAAGUGAAGAUGAGAAUUCCUACAAUGGUAAAUAAACAAAAGAAAAAGACCAUUUCCUUUCAGCUGAGAAGCAAAAAGAAAAGGUGGAGAUCAUGCAGCUCCCAUCCUCCAAACAUUUUCAUCUAAAAGUGCUCAUGCUUUUCCCCCACAAAGACUUCAGUGCCAGCCUGAUUGUGAUAGGUAAUCAGCAUCUUCAAAGAGAACCCACAGCAGAGAGCCAUACAGAGCAAAAGUGGAGUGUAUUUGAGACAACAAUAAUAUAUUACUUUUUCUAUUCCAUUCCCAUAUAUAAGGAUAAGAAAACAAAUCAGAGAGAUGAAGAAAUGUUUGCUACUCAUACUUCAUCCUCUCAUGCAUUUUUUUUUCUUAACAGGACUUUUCUGUGGGUUACUGUCAUAAAGCUCAAUAGAUAUUAAACUAUCCUUAUGGGAGACAUAUUUGGGACAGCUCUAUUACUGUAAUAUAUGGGAUUCAUAAGGAAUGAAGAAUGCAUAUGUAUUUUAGGAGAUCAUAAAUGGGGAGAGAAAACAUAUUGAAUGUCUUCAGGUACAGGUGUUUUUUCUCCUAAUAUGAGGGUCGUUUAGCAAGCCUCUCUUUAGGAGCAUAAACCCGACCAAAUUCAAAACAUACAAGGCUCUGUAAUGCCUGUUAUGUCCUAUUAUGGGCUUGCUUUUUUAAACUUGGAUUCAGUAUUCAAAGGUGUAUUUCAAUUCCAGGUUAUACUUGCAAGUGAGAGUACUACUGCUUCCCUAUUGUGGUCAAGAUCUUACUACAGCAUUGCAGCUGAUGCUUUGUUCAAUCUGGUUAUUUUGGGGGCCGUGUUUCAGUGGAAUAUUUCUAACCGGCAUCUCAUCUCAUAUUAAUACCAAUAAAGGGGAAUGCUAUUAGUCUUGGAUUUCUUAUUCUAUGCAUUUUUCUUCACUUUCCACUGCAAUAUUGAAACUGAAAAUCAAUUUAGGCUUGACAGCAAUGGAUCACUGCAAUUCCUGAACUUUUUACAUUGCAAUGCAAUUUUUUGCUAGAGUCUGCAGUACUACUUCAGAGGGAACAUUUAAAGUUUUGCAUGAUGUAGAUGGGUGAGAAUCUGAGUAAUAUCAGCAGCUACAAGUCUCCAGCCAGGAGCGUGAAUAUAUUAGCAAAGCAGUUAUGAGCAUUGACAAAAGAUGUGCCCAGUUUCUUAAUCACAGGAUUGUCUGUUAGUUUGCAGACUGGUAAGCAGCACCCCUUAGUAGGCUGCAUUUUCACAUGAAGACACUGGCCCAGUUCACAUGUAAUACUAAACCAAAUCAUGGCUUAGUGCAAACACACAGAUCUGUGAGCUCCUGGAGAGAAGAACACAAGAAGUUCCCUUAUAUCAAGUCAGACCUCUGGUCCAUCAAGCUCAGUUUUGCCUACACUGACUAGCAGUGACUCUCCAGGGUUUCAGACUGGUGUCUCUCCCAGCCCUACCUGGAGAUGCUGGUUAUUCAACCUGGACCUUCUGCAGGCAGUGUAGGUACUCUGCCAGUAAGCCAAGGUCCUUCCCCUUCCAAUCUUACUACUGCUGUGCUGGGGUGGUAAAUUGGAUCCAGAUGGUGGACCAGAUCCUCCCACCCUCAUGAGCCAACUGAUAGGUGAGUGGGACUGCCCACCUGUCAGUGGCCUGAUGUAAUGAUGAAGCUGGGUGACUGACACCUGUCAAUAUUCAAAGGAGGUUCCCUAUCACUGACUUAGUGUGUCAUCCAGACAUGGGCUUGUGGUUUGUCUCGUUUCAAACACUGCAAUCUGUGGCCUAGGUUUCUUCUAUGGCUUAGGGCUCAUUGUUUAUUUGGAGGAGACACACUAUAAGCCAGGGAUAGGCAACCUAAGGCCCGGGGGCCGGAUACGGCCCAGUCGCCUUCUCAAUCCAGCCUGCGGAUGGUUCGGGAAUCAGCGUGUUUUUACAUGAGUAGAAUGUGUCCUUUUAUUUAAAAUGUAUCUCUGGGUUAUUUGUGGGGUUAUUUGUUAAAUCCCCCCCCCAAAUAUAGUCCAGCCCACCACAUGGUCUGAGAGAUGGUGGACCGGCCCAUGGCUGAAAAAGGUUGCUGACCCCUGCUAUAAGCCCAUGUUUAGACAGCAUAUGAAUCCAAGCCAUGGCUUAGCUCACAUCUGAGCAGCAGUAGCAUAAUCAGAGUAGGAACAAAGCAGCAGCAAUAUCUCAAGAUAUUUUUACUGAGCCACGGUUUGGUUUAGCAUGGCAUCCAAACUGGGUCAAUAGCUUAUGAUUGUGUGUGUGUGUGUGUGUGUGUGCGCGCACACACACACACACACACACACACACACACACAAAAGAGCAUGCUGUGGGAGCAAGAGUGGGAUCUUGGAUGUUAGCAUUUCCGUUUGGUUGAAUUCUUUUUUAGCUAAUCAAUUGUGAUAGAGCAAGCUAGGAAAUUAAUCUAACCCUAUAUGAAUUUUCAUAACAUGACAGGGUCCGGUUAAUUUGACUGCUUGAAAGAAAACUGAUUAGAUUUACAGUUAAUUUUAACUAUGUAAUGACUUCAGUAUCCAGAACUCAGUAUGCAUUACAAUUAUUGAGAAACAAGUGAGAAUGUUGCAGUGCAUCUCUGGUACUUUUGAGUUACUUGAGCAUGUUGCUUAUAGCAGUGUUUCCCAACCGGGAUCCAUAUGGCCCCAUGGGAGCCCCCAGGAUAUUCCAAGGGGCCCACAGGUGAAAAAUGCAUAAAUGGGACGCCACAGCAUGAGGCUAGGGGGCCACAGAGGGAAGUGAGAAGUGUAGGGGGAAAUCAUGUGUGUGUGUUCUUUUAAAAAAAUCAUUAUUACUUUUAAAAAUCCUGAUUGGCUGGCUAUCUGCUUCGCCAAUCACAAGCGGGUAAGGGGGCGGUCCACCAGGGUCUAGAGCUCCUUCUUGCCAUGUGCAUUUUCUUGGAGCCGUCCUGGUUUGUUUCUGGCAGGAGAGGGCAAUUGCUGAAGCUCCCAUUUUGACCAGUAGAGCCAAAACCCCCAGGUCAGGUAAGUGCGGUGGUGGGAUAGCAAUGGGUAGGGCUGGGCAAGCUGGAGCUGCUUGUUGCUGCCGCCAGUGCUGGACCCGGUAGCAGCCUGGGCCUGACUCUGCAAGAUCUUUGAGGUUUCAGACUAAAGAAGAAAUGUGUUAACAAGAGCAGAAACUCUUUUAGAGGGUUUUUUGAGAGUGGAUAAUAUUUUUUGAGGGGGAAAGGAUCCUCUAAACUCCUGGGUGCCAGAUGCUCCCUAUAAUUCCUGGAUUUAGUAAAAGUUAGAAUUUAGUAAGGUUUAAUUAAGCUGUACUAAUCAUGGGUAAACUAGGGUAAGUUUACAGUAAUGAGCCAGGCCAGCCCAGGAAUUUGACUUCCAGUGGAACAGUAGAAAUAAAAUGUUCUUCAGAUCCAGCUAACAUUUUUAUGAUUCUCCUCAGUAACGGGGAAGGAUUUGAGAAUGUGGUCACUUCUCAUUGCAUAGAUGAGGGAACUGACAUGCACUUCUCCAUUCUCCUCCUGACGCUUUGUUGCUCUGUGGGAAUGAGCAAUUCUUGCCCUCUAAUCUGGCCAUUCUAAGCCUAAUAUUCUAUUUAAUAUGUUUCUCACAUUAUCUUUCAUCUGUUGACCAGGAAGAAAGCCACUUUGGUCCUCAUGUAUCACAUCUCUCAAAAUUCCUUUCAAUCUGUUCAUCAAAAUCAUUAUUUAAUAAUGAGAUUGGCCUAUAGUUUUUUACCUGAAGUAACUCUGUAUCUUGUUUUGGGAUUAAUGUUAUAUAAGCUUCCUUCCAUGUCAUCAGAAUCUUCCCUUUAUUUAAAAUAUUGUUCAUAACAUCCUUUUUAAUAAUAUUUUUUAUAAUUCAAUUUUUUAUAAUAUUUCACAAUAAGUCCUUCCAGUCCUGGCGCUUUGCCUGUUUUUAGUUUUUUUAUCGCUGAUUGUAUUUCCAUUGUCGUUUUUGGUGAAUUCAGUUGGUCUUUUCUAUCUUUCGGAAUCUUCGGUAAUUUAUUCUGUUCUAAAUAAUUUUCUAUUUUCUCUUUAUUUUAUUUUCCUGCUUUGUACAGUUCUUUAUAAAAUCUUAAGAAAUUUCUCCUGAUCUCCUUUGGAUUUUCUAUUAUCUUAUCUUCUAUUUUUAACUUAUUAAUAGUAUUUUGUCCUUGUUUCUUUUUUAAUUGCCAAGCUAAUAAUUUCCCAGGCUUGUUAGCAAAUUCUGCCUUAGCAUUUUUAUUUUCCAUUCGGCUUCUUGAUUAAUUAACAUUGAAAAUUGGGUUUGUAGCAUCUUGAUAUUUUGUUUUAUUUGUAUACUUCCUAGUUAAUAAUAAUAAUAAUAAUAAUAAUAAUAAUAAUAAUUUAUUAUUUAUACCCCGCUCAUCUGGCUGGGUCCCCCCAGCCACUCUGGGCGGCUUCCAACAAAACACUAAAAUACAAUAACCCAUUAAACAUUAAAAGCUUCCCUAAACAGGGCUGCCUUUAGAUGUCUUCUAAAAGUUUGGUAGUUAUUUUUCUUUUUGACAUCUGGUGGGAGGGCGUUAAAAAUACAUUAAAACAUCAGUCAUUUAAAAACUUCCCUAAAAAGGGCUGCCUUAAGAUGUCUUCUAAAUGUCAGAUUUUUUUUAUUCCUUUGACAUCUGAUGGGAGGGCGUUCCACAGGGCGGGAGCUACUACUGAGAAAGCCCUCUGCCUGGUGCCCUGUAACUUUUCUACUUGCAGAGAGGGAACCGCCAGAAGGCCCUCGGCACUGGACCUCAGUGUCCAGGUCGAAUGAUGGUGGUAGAGAUGCUCCUUCAGGUAUACUGGGCCAAGGCCCUUUAGGGCUUUAAAGGUCAGCACCAACACUUUGAAUUGUGCUUGGAAACGUACUGGGAGCCAGUGUAGGCCUUUCAAGACCGGUGUUAUAUGGUCUCGGCGGCCGCUCCCAGUCACCAGUCUAGCUGCCACAUUCUGGAUUAAUUGUAGAUUCUGGGUCACCUUCAAAGGUAGCCCCACACAGAGUGCAUUGCAGUAGUCCAAGCGUGAGAUUACCAGAGCAUGCACCACUCUGGCGAGACAGUUCGCGGGCAGGUAGGGUCUCAGCCUGCGUACCAGAUGGAGCUGAUAAAACAGCUGCCCAGGACACAGAAUUGACCUGCGCCUCCAUGGACAGCUGUGAGUCCAGAAUGACUCACAGGCUGCGCACUUGGUCCUUCAGGGGCACAGUUACCCCAUUCAGGACCAGGGAGUCUUCCACACCUGCCUGCCUCCUGUCCCCCAAAAACAGUACUUCUGACUUGUCAGGAUUCAACCUCAAUCUGUUAGCUGCCAUCCAUCCUCCAUCCGCCUCCAGACACUCACACAGGACCUUCACCGCCUUCACUGGUUCCGAUUUGAAAGAGAGGUAGAGCUGGGUAUCAUCUGCAUACUGAUGAACACGCAGCCCAAACCCCCUGAUGAUCUCUCCCAGCGGCUGCAUGUAGAUGUUGAAAAGCAUGGGGAGAGGACAGAACCCUGAGGCACCCCACAAGUGAGAGCCCAGGGGUCUAAACACUCAUCCCCCCCCCCACUUUCUGAACACGGCCCAGGAGGAAGGAGCGGAACCACUGUAUAACAGUGCCCCCAGCUCCCAGCCCCUCUAGACGGUCCAGAAGGAUGUUAUGGUCGAUGGUGUCGAAAGCCGCUGAGAGAUCCAGCAGAACUAGGAAACAGCUCUCACCUUUGUCCCUAGCCCGCUGGAGAUCAUCGACCAGUGCGACCAAGGCAGUUUCAGUCCCAUGAUGAGGCCUGAAUCCCGACUGGAAGGGAUCCAAACGGUCCACUUCUUCCAGGCGUGCCUGGAGUUGUUCAGCAACCACUCGCUCAAUCACCUUGCCCAAGAAUGGAAGAUUUGAAACUGGGCGAUAGUUGGCCAUAUUGGCAGCAUCUAAAGAUGGUUUUUUUAAGAAGCAGUUUGAUAACCGCCUCUUUCAGCAGGUCUGGGAAGGCUCCCUUACAGAGAGAAGCAUUCACCACCCCGCGAAGCCCAUCACCCAGACCUUCCCGGCUAGCUUUUAUAAGCCAAGAUGGGCAAGGAUCAAGGAGACAGGUGGUUGGUUUCACUCGUCCAAGCAGCCUGUCCACAUCCUCGGAGGUAACAGGUAAUUGAUCCCACGCAACUUGACUAGACAGGACUCUAGCACUCUCCUGCCCUGGCCCUGCUCCCACGGUGGAGUCUACCUCUUCCCAAAUCUGAGCGACUUUAUCUGCAAAAAACUUUGCAAAAUCAUUGCAGGAGAUCAUGUGGCCCGUACUGGGCCCCGAUGGAGCAGGUGGUUCUGCUAAAUUGCAAACCACCUGAAAAAGUCUCCUGCUGCUGUUUUCUGCAGAUGCAAUAGAGGCGGUGAAGAAAGUCUUCUUCGCCGUCGCUACCGCCACUUGGUAGGCUCAACAUUGAGCUCUAACCUGUGUCCGGUCAGCUUCAGAAUGAGUUAUCCGCCACCGGCGCUCUAGCCGUCUCAACGAUUGUUUCAUUGCCCUCAGAUCUGUGGAAAACCACGGGGCUGUCCGGGCUCCAUGUUUCUUUAUUAAUUGCUUUUCAUUAUCAAUUAUAUGAUUUAAUAUUUCCUCAUUUUUCUUUUCUCUGGUAGCAAAGAUUAAUUCAAUAAGUCUGCCAUCUUCAUUUUGAGAUAGAGUUUAAAUGUAGAUUUUAUGGCUACAACACUCAGCUUUCUGUUUGAAGAUCCCCCAUCUGUCUUCUCCACUCCCUGCUCUGUGUAAUACCUUUUGUGUGUAUAUUUCUCCUGAUGAUGAGUUCCGGAAAGCUCAAAACCUUUCUUGCGAUUUUGUGACAUUUUUGUUGUCCCAAAAAUAUUGUUCAGUUGUGUACUUUUUUCUUAAGUACCAGCAUAUUUUCCAUUCCUGUUCAGGGAGUGGUCAGAGGCUUUUCUGGAAAUGAGAUGUCUCUUCUCCCAUUUUCUAGCUGGGGAUGAUGUAAGCAAGGAUGAUGUAAACAAGGAGACUGUCUGUGAAAGAGAGAAUAGGCAGGCAACUGGAGAGGCAGACAGAGUCAGAGAGUAGAAAAAGCUAGCAGCAGCUGGGGGGGUUGGCUGUCUCCUUGAAGAAAUUACUCAGGGAGCAGUAGACUUUUGGGACAUCUGUCGGUGUGUUGAAGCUACACCUGCGGUCAACCUUUACAUUUGUAAAUAAAAUGCAAAUAUUACAAAUUGCUGUAAGUUUCCUGUGACCUCCUUCCAAAGGAAAUCAAACCGAGGUAAGUGCUUGCAUCCCUGGAAACAGCUCACUGCUCAGUGAACCAAGGUGCACAUAAUAGUUGUAUUUGUGUGGUGGAAGGGGUCUCUAAGGCAUGGCAUCAACAGGUCCACUUUUAAAGAAUCAUUCCCAAGGUGCAGAUAGACAAUGAGGUAAGUUUAUGCUCCACUGUGGUAAGCAAUUACCAGGAUUUGAUGUAGUCUUAGGUUUAUGGCAUCACAGAUUCACAGCAACUUAUCUACCCUUCUUCAUAAGUCUUUUGACAGGAAGGAGAGAUUCUGAGUCCUUAUAAGGCCUAUGAGUAGCCUGAGUAAAACAUGUCCCAGCCGAGCCGCAGUAGCUGUGCCUCUAAAAGAUUUAGUCUGCUGACUUCAUCCCCUGCCCUGCUCUUUUGUAUUUUGCCUCAUAGGUGUGUUGACUUUCCAGUCAAGAGUGUGAUUUUGCUCUUGGAAGUACCUGUUUUGUAUCUCUAUUGUCGGGGACAGAUGCCAAAGACUUCUUGGGGUCUCAGACCAACUCCUCUUCUCUGGCUUGGACUAAUAUUCACAGCAGGGGUGAGUCCAGGAGGUCACUUAUAAAUCUGCUUGUUGAAUUUAUUCUCUCUUCGUUGAUCCUCUAUGUAUAUAAAAAAAAAGAAUCAGAGCUAAUAAAUUUUGAAGCGAAAUGUUGGAUUUUUUUCACGUGGGAUGUGUUUUGCAGUUCCAUGCCUGCUGUUUAUGUGCCCAGUGUCCCUUCCCACCAACCCCCACUAGGAAAUGUGUAUGUGUGUGUUUAGGGGCAAACAGAAUUUAUUCUUAGAGAUGUGCAUGUGAGUAAGUGAGUAAGUGAGUGAAGGGGUGGAAGGACAAAGGUAGGACUGAGAUGCUUACAGUCCUCCUCCAGUGUGACCCAAGAGCUUGUAUAUAACGGUUGCGGAGCCUUGGGCUUUUGGCUCUCCUGAGCCACAUCAUGCUUUCUGACAUGGGCCAGAUGUGCAGCUAGGGUCCCUUCUUGAAAGUCUCAACAGAAGCUUGUGGAGCAUGAGGGACUCUUCAUCCCUGUUCACUGCCUUGGAUCUUAGAAAUGUACCCUAUAUGAUUUGUAAUUAGCUCACUGAGGUCUCUCAGUACUGCCCAAAGAAAGUAAGAAUCCCAUCCAGCCCCAUUACCCCGACCUCUCCAGGGACUGUGGCUGGAUCUAAAAAUAUUUUUAAAAUGUUUCAGGAAAAUGCGUUGUAAACUUCAUAAUGGGAAUUCAUGUUGGCGAAAGAUGGGACUCCACAGUGCCAUCUGAUGUCACAGUGUUAUAACACAUAUAAAACGCUUUUUCUUUACUAACGUAGCUGAGGCCUGUCUUUUGCACAUUUAUGCUGGUUGCUGUGGCAAAAUGUUUUGCUGGAUAAUAUUUGAGAAGGCAGAUUGUCACUGCACUGAAGGGUGUCCUGUCCAGUAAUAUGGGGUGGAAAAUUUCCCAAUACUGAAAUAAUAACGGUGCUUUAUUUUUUCCAUUUCAUAUGUUCAUUAGUAAUUAUAUGUGAAUGGCAACAAUAGUAAAACAAUAUUACUUAAUUAAUACAAUAUUAAUCAUGCCUGGCAGUUUCAGACUUUAUUUUCUAGCAAUAAAAUAAAUGUGCUAAAUUAGAAAACUCUAAGGCAGUAUAUUUUAUUCUGCAAUGGAAGUGAAACACUUUCUGAUGCACUGUAGAAGCCCAGCUUUCCAUCGCACCACGCACCACUUCCGCUGCCACCAUGUGCUGGCUCUUGCUGAACUCGGUGGGAAAUGGGACCCUCCUCAAAGUGUUGCCACUUUCAUGUCUUCUCUGCUGGGGGGUGGGGAGCCAGUCAGCAACCUGCACACAGGAAUGCCUCCUUCUCAACAGCUGAAGCAGUGGGCGGAUUCAGUGCCGCAUCUUGAACUUCCACCAGGUGGGUGCUUCUCCCCACGACAUGGGUAGACCAGCUCUGCACAUUCCCUUUCUCAGAGAACAAGUGGGGAAAUCUUUUGCUCUUGCGUUGUUAAUUCCUAGCUGUUUGGGUGGCCUGCUUCACCAGGAAGUGAAUGCAAAUUCCUUGGGCAAAAAGGCUUGACGCCUGGAGGGCAGAAAGAAGUUGGAUUGCUGCUUAAUUCCAACCCUCACCACUCCCUGGUAGUGCUUUGGCUGGGGCUCUCAGGGUCCCCCAAAGGAGACAGGAGUUUCUUUACCUAGUUCCUUUGGGGCCAACAUACUUACUGCAGAAUUCCUGUCCCAUUUUGAAUUUUGAUGCUCUCUCCUCUCUCUUCCUGUCCCCACCCUCUCUUUAUUUCCUACCGUCCCAUGUCUCUCUGACCUGCUAAAGUCCAAAUCAGGAGUUAAAAUAAAAAUGGAGGGGGGAUAACCCAUCCUUAAAACUAUUACUCACAUGAGACAAAAUUGUCAUGGGAAAAUGACCUCGCACAGACACACAAACAAACCCAUACUACUUAAUGACACUGGCUAGUGUGUGCAUGUGUGCAUGUUUAUGCCAAUCUCCCUCCAGACCAGAAAGUUGCAGGUCUUGCUUCCCUUCUACCUCCUCAUCCUUCUUGGAGCUGGGCCCCUCUGCCUUGUCCUGCUAGCUCUUGCUAGCUCCUUCUCAGAGGAUGAUAUUCCUCAUGAAUUAUAACGGCCUGUGGCCCAUUCUUUCUUACUUUUCAAAGUGUGUGUGGUGGAUAAUUCCUGGAACUCCUGAGAGCUGAAUGUAAAGCAGAAUUCAUUUUGUAGCUGUCUCAGAAUAGUUUACUCCAUAUGAUACUCUUGCAGGCACAUAAGCCCAGAUCCCCGUAGAGCAGGCUGUGGGUAGGUGGCAGUCCUGGCUUCACCCCACUGUUCUGACAAUCAGAGUCUUUGGAGAAGCUGUACCAGGGAGAUUCAGUUAUUUUUGCUGCCAGACUUGAAACUCAACCAGUAUAAUGCCUUUACAGUGGUACCUCGGGUUACAGAUGCUUCAGGUUACAGACACUUCAGGUUACAGACUCCGCUAACCCAGAAAUAGUACCUCAGGUUAAGAACUUUGCUUCAGGAUGAGAACAGAAAUUGUGUGGCGGCGGCAGCAGCAGCAGCAGGGCAGCAGCGGGAGGCCCCAUUAGCUAAAGUGGUACCUCAGGUUUCAGAUUAAGAACAGACCUCCAGAAUGAAUUAAGUUCUUAAACCGAGGUACUACUGUAUAUACUGGUAAAUCUGUUGAACAGGACUCAGCUACAUUAGUAAAGAAACAACAAUUUGAAUGUGUUAUAAAUUUUUAUAUGUGAUUUUCCAUAACACAAGGCUUUUCUCUUUUGUUAUAACAAUUUAAUUUCUGACUUAUUUAUAGUGUUCUUCCCCCCCCUCCAAUGUGUAGAUCCAUCCACAGUCUCAUUAAGCUCUGCAUACAGCUCCAGUUCGUGCCUCCACCCCCCACCCCAGUGUAGGAUGGAAGGCAAAUAAAUCAAAUGAUAAGGAACUGAAACACCUUCCCUUCAAAGAAGAGCUAAAGCCUUUGAGAUAUGUUUCAGUUAAGAAAAAGGGCAACUAAAGAGAAAGGGAGUGAGAGGGGAGUGGAAAAAGCAGAGAGAGAGGCAGCCUUUUGAAAUAAACAUGCAAUAUUAUUAGUUCAUACUUAUAUCACAUUUAUAUCGGGUCAUAAACAUGAGAGAUUAUCAGCAUUACUAAGAGCCUGACCCGAUUUCUUUUUUUGUCUUAUUUUGACUCUCCAGAUGAUCUACUGGUUCCUGUCCUUUGACCACUUCAGAGAGAAGCACAUGCCUCCUUCCCCUGUGGGUGCCAAGUCACUCCCGGAUCCCUUUAUGGAGUCUCCAGAACUGCGGGCGCUGCUCCAGCUGCUCCAUUGGCCUGCUCCACCUGAGGAUGCUGUAGCCUUUGCUUCCUCCACCAGUGCUGAGAAGAGCCACUACCGGCUCUUGCAGUCCCAGAGCAACUACACAGUGGGUAACAUGCUCCUGGUGUCGCUGGAGGCCCGGGACCAGAGAGGGCAGCCAAAGCACUACGGAGGAGACUUCUUGAGGGCCAAAUUGCAUUCCCCAGAGCUGAAGGCGAGUGUGGCAGGGACAGUGGAGGACCACAAGAAUGGCACCUACACACUGACUUUCCCGCUUCUGUGGGCAGGUGCGGUGCAGGUGUCUGUGCGUCUCAUCUACUCUAGUGAGACUGUGGCCCUCCUUCGGCGCAUCCGUGACUCCCAUCCCUCCACAGUAACUUUCAGGGGCUACUUUGUGGACCCAGGCCAGGGGAGCAAAGAAGAAGUGACUGAAUGCAACGUGCAUCCAGUCUCAGGCCCAACCUGCCAGUACGUGGAUCCUGGCACUGGGGAGCACUGGUUUUGUGCCAGGCCCCAGCAUCACUCCUGCAAUGACCUUGUGUACCACUCUACUGGGAUCUACAAAAAUGUGCUCUCCUCAGCAGAGAAAGUCUUCCUUAGUGGGUGAGUGCUUUGGAGAUGGCUAGGAAUGGGGAAGGUAAGCUUAUGGCGUGGUGAUAGCGAUGCAAUGCCAGGAUUUCUUAUGGAAACCAUGGGAGUUUUUCUAGGCCCUUGGAAGUAGAGAUGGUGUCAAGUCUACUUAUGGUCUCUUGGGGUCUGGAGUGUUAUGUUUGUUCCUGGAACCACUCUGCCCUCCUCCCUGUGUUACAAACCCUACUUUUCCCAUCUUCAAGAUUAUUUCAUACCAUCAAAAAUUAUGUCCUUUCCCAAGAAGGGGCUGCCAUUCAUUGGAGCAAAAGAAUGAAUGUGUGUGUGUGUUUUUAUUUCCUAUGCUUUCCUGUGUGUUUAAUUCCUGUACAGAACAUAACUGGGUAUGUGAAGAUAAAUACCUUUGUUCAGUUUAUUCAGCUGUGCAAUAUGAUAGGUCUUUGAAACUUAAAUUUGGAGGAGCCAGAAGGCAGGCACAUUGUGGAGAAAUGCCACUCCAUCUUUCACAGGGCAUGGAGGAUAGUUUAUUGUAAUGCUUAAGGUCUGAAGCAGGCAUAGGCAAACUCCGGCCCUCCAGAUGUUUGGGACUACAAUUCCCAUAAUCCCUAGCUAACAGGACCAGUGGUCAGGGAUGAUGGGAAUUGUAGUCCCAAACAUCUGGAGGGCCGGAGUUUGCCUAUGCCUGGCCUGGAGGGUUAAAUGAAAGCAAAAAUGUCAGCAAUAGGAGCAUGUGAUCAGAUAACAAAAUGUUAGUAAUGUUCAUGAGCACAUUUCAAAAAAAUAAUAAUUGCAAAAAUCACAAUUGCAAAUCACAAAAACAGCAAAAAUAAUGCAGCACCAAAAUCAAAUCUUGGCCCCAACAGAAACCCAUAAACACUACCCCCUCCACAUCUGUGGUAACAUUGUCCUCUGGACUUUGGACAUACACUUUAUCCAUUAAUAUGAAAAUCAAAUUAAAUUAAACACAGAUUGAGAGAUUGCCUGUAGAAGGUGAGCCAGUGUGACCAGUAAGCAACAGAACCCAGCAUAGGAUUCCUCAGACAUGCUAUAGCUACAACACCCCUUGGUCUUUAACAACGUGAUGAGCUUCAAAGAAGAAACUCACACUUCAGCAGUGAUGCAGCUCAAGUUGCCCUGUUCUUCAUUCCUCUCUGUUCACACAGAGCUGCGGCAGAACGGAUUAUUCCAGGGAGUGUGCCCAUCAUCCAAGUGCUGCCUAGCCAUCAGCUGACUGUUGGUGAGUGGAAAUAGAUGGUGGGAAGUCAGUUGGCUCUGUGUUUAUAUUCUUAAGAAUGGCACUUGUGACCAUCCCUUGCCUGUGUUCCUGUAGCCACCUCCCCACCGCUCCCAUGCCACCCAGGCCUUGCCCUCACCAACCCUUCAGGUUUCUACUACAAGGAUGUGUGGGUUUCCUUGGGAUGUUCUAGCCGGACCUUCCCUACUUCUGACUUGGCACUCAGCUGCUUGCGAGGCAAGAUAGUCCAUAUGAUUGGAGACUCCACACUACGCCAGUGGUGGGAAUUCCUGCUGGCCUUCAUUCCAUGUAAGUCACUGUCUGGAUGUGGAAAGGGCAUUGUCUGGGGGGACAGGUGUCCUGGUGUGGGGAUAGAUGUAUAAGAAAGGUACGGUUGAGCUUCAGAACCGGAAUGAAGGAAAGAGAGGUUGGUGUGGGAAGUGGUGAGAAUUGUGUUGGCUGGGGUGGUUGGCUUUGGCAGAGAACUAAGAAGGAAUGUUUGGGGUAGGAGAACAGUGAGGGAAGCUGCUCCCUCACUGUUACACAUGUGUAAGGGUAUGCAAAUCAUGGAUCAGAGCACAUGAGAACAUUUGAUGGAUGACUGGAGUGUGGAGCUGUCCAUUUGGGACUCUAACUCUUGAGUCUCUCACACACUCUGUCUUUCUCUUUCUCUGUGUAGCAGUCAAACGCAUAGACCUUCACAUGACCUAUCAGUCUGGCCCACUGCUGGCCGUGGAGCCAGCACAGGGCCUUGUGCUGAGGUGGCGUGCCCACGGCAUUCCGCUGCGCACCGCGAAGUCCAAGAUGGCUGACAUGCACUACUUGGCCAAUGAGCUGGAUGCACUUGGUGGGGGCCCGGACAUGGUGGUAGUUUUCACGCUCUGGGCCCAUUUCACCACCUUCCCCGUGGAUGUAUAUGUGCGGUGGGUGCACAGCAUUUGGCAGGCUGUGGCUCAGCUCCUGGCCCGCAGCCCCCAGACCACCGUUGUCAUCAAGUCAGCCAACACAGGAUACAAGUCUGUCUAUGGCAGUGACUGGCUCUCCCUGCAGCUGGACAACAUCCUUUGUGCCAUGUUUGCAGGCAUGAAAGUGGCCAUUGUUGAUGCCUGGGCCAUGACCUCCUGCCACUACCUGCCUGAUAACAUCCAUCCUGGCAAGGUGAUUGCACAGAAUGCGGUCAACGCCUUCCUCUCCUAUGUCUGUCCAGGGAAGUGACUCAGAAUGGAGUAGUCUUUGUACAGCAGAAAUAGUGGUAAGAAUUGUGUUGGCUGGGGUGGUUGGCUUUGGCAGAGAACUAAGAAGGCUAGGACAGUGAUGGCCAAACUUGGCCCUCCAGCAGUUUUUGGACUACAACUCCCAUCAUCCCUAGCUAACAGGACAAGUGGUCAGGGAUGAUGGAAACUGUAGUCCCAAAACAGCUGGAGGGCCAGGUUUGGCCAUCACUGGACUAGGAGAACAGUGAGAGAAGCUACUCUCUUACUGUUACACAUGAGUAAGGGUAUGCAAAUCAUGGAUCAGAGCACAUGGGAACCUUUGAUGGAUAACUGGAGUGUAUAGUUGUCCAUUUGGGACUCUAACUCUUGAGUCUCACACACACUCUGUCUUUCUCUUUCUCUGUAUAGCAGUCAAGCACAUAGACCUUCAUGUGACCUAUAAGUCUGGCCCGCUGCUGGCUGUGGAGCCAGCACAGGGCCUUGUGCUGAGGUGGCGUUCCCAUGGCGUUCCACUGCGCACUGGGAAGUCCAAGAUGGCUGACAUACACUACUUGGCCAAUGAACUGCAUGCACUUGGUGGGGGCCCGGACAUGGUGGUGGUCUUCACACUGGGGGUCCAUUUCAUCACCUUCCCCGUGCAUGUAUAUGUGCGGCGGGUGCACAGCAUUCGGCAGGCUGUGGCUCAGCUCCUGGCCCGCAGCCCCCAGACCACCAUUGUCAUCAAGUCAGCCAACACAGGAUACACUGUCUAUGGCAGUGACUGGCUCUCCCUGCAGCUGGACAACAUCCUUCGUGCCAUGUUUGCAGGCAUGAAAGUGGCCAUUGUUGAUGCCUGGGCCAUGACCUCCUGCCAUUACCUGCCUGAAAAUAUUCAUCCUGGCAAGGUCAUUGUGCAGAAUGAGGUCAACUCCUUCCUCUCCUAUGUCUGCCCAGGAAAGUGACUCAGAAUGGAGCAGACUUGGCACUCUAUUUCUGCAGAGCACAUGGAAAAACUUCCACAAGGAAGAGGGGAUCUCCAGAGAGUUUCCAAUGAGGAUGGGACACCCUUUUGUCAUUCUUCAAAUCCCGCAGACCUUUCUGUCUCUCAGAAGAUAUGGAGGAAGAUGAUGGCUUUCUUAUGGAAGAACUUGCCAAUACCUGUUUUGGGUGGGUGGGAAUUUUACAGCAUGGAAUAAUAGGACGUGAUCAUCUGGGGCUUCUUCCUGCAGAAAAAGGGCUGCUGCUUAAGGUGAGAUGAAAUGGGUCCAUCCUUCUCUGAGAUGAAUCUACAGGGCUGGGUGCCUGGACAGCAGUGUCCCUCUACUGGACCACAUUUGCACUUGAGACCUUCACUGUUGAUGGGAAUGAGGCCCAGCCCAAACUGUGUUCUUAUGUAAGAAGGCUUGUGUGGCAGCCAGGGGUGGAGGAAGGGUGUGUGGUGGUGGGGGACCAUCCUAGGUGUCUUCGCUGUG